AUGUCACGCAGGAAGCAGAGGAAACCCCAGCAGCUCAUCUCUGACUGUGACAACUCAACAUCUUCCGAAAAUGGUAAGGACAGACACUUGAGCCAAGUUUGUAUGUGUAAUGGCUAGCUGGACAAAACUAUUGAACUAUUCAGAGGCGGAUUGGCAAAGCAUCAUGGGAGUUGUGGUUCUACAAGAGCUGGGUAGCUACCUUUUAGCCACCCUGAUCCAGAUGUUGAUAAGAGAGGGAAAGUCUUAAUAGUCCACAGGAGGGGGCGAGGAGGGGGGAGGCAAGAAAAAAAGUUCACAGUCUCUCAGUUACAAGUCUUGUACCGUAGUUUAUAAAAUGAGUGAAUACUUAUUGUUCGGCUUGUAUCAAAGGGAACCUUCUAACUCUGGUACCUGGAUCCUAUUUCUGCAUUUAGUCUUUUGUCAUAUAUUGCAGAGAUGUAUUGCUGUACCUUUUUACUGUUGUUAUGAUAAGAUAAUAAAGUCAUAUGUGACUUAGUAGUAUAAAAGCUCUAGCAGCCAAUGUUAUUUAUUAAAAACGUGUAUGGAAUACAGAAAAUGCUUAUUUAUCAUUUCAUUCCAACUUACAUUCAAAUUCAAGAUUAGUGAAGUAAUGGGAAAGUAGGAAACCUGUCUCUUUAGUCACUGUUGCACUGCAAAGCCCAUCAUGCCCAUUCAGGAAUUCCAGAGUGGCCACAAUGGGGGUUGUUGACUGCAGUAGCUGGGAUAAAAGUGUUUGCUCAUCUGAUAAUCAGCAAUUUGAAAUGAAAGAAUAAAAAAAAGAAAAUCAGAUGUUUUCAUUAUUACUGGCAAUGAUACAGUUUCCUACUUUAAGCAGUUUUAAGUGCUAAAUUCAGGCCAAAAUUGCUGAUUAGAAAUGAGUCACAACUUGGCUAUUUUAGUCUGAUUUUGCAAUUCAAUUUUGAAUUCACACUCAUUUACCAUUUGCUAAAUAAACCCCAUCUUCUAUAUAUGUCCAUCAUUAAAAUGAGCUAUAAAUCUCCCUUCAUGCAUUUAGAUAUAUUUAUUGUAUAUAUAUUUACACAACUUUGAUACUCAGCAAAAACAUACAGAUACAACUCCCAAAUACACGUAACUUUAUAUAUAAGAUAUAUAACUAUCACAUAAGAACACCUAUGCACCUAUAGCAGCCAUCAGAAAAUAUCACACGUAUACACAUUCUACCAUGCAUAAAGCUUUCAUUAUACAUACUACACUCAUGACAUACACAGCACCAAUGUGCAUAUGUAACUCCUAACACAUACAUGCAUUACAAUGUAUACAUCCCUUCAUACAUACUGUCAGCUCCACUACAAUGCAACUGACAUCACACAACUCCCAUCACUCAUAUAUACAGUAUCCAAUAAAAUCAAACCAGUUUCCUUCUGGCACUCAUAAACUCCCUCUACAUAACCAUAUAAUCUAGUAAUAUCCAUUUUUAGUAACCAUGAAUUCCCAUAUUAUUGUUCUAGAUCGCUUUUCCCAGACUGCUUCGCAUUAGGUUGGAUUGCUCAGAUAAAACAUCUCUAGCGUAGAAAUACUAUAAAGGUUAAUUACUUGGACAAUCUAUCCUUCUACCUUUCUGGAAAAUGCAGAUCAAAUUAAAGUUUCUUUAAAAACCUAGUUUUAAAUGUAGCGGGAUUAAGUUAACUAUACUACUUUUAGCUGUGUCAGGUCAACUUGAAUCAUGAAUAGUGUAUAGUCACUUUGGCAACAAGACAAUACAAUAUAAUAAGAUAUCUCAUUGCAGACACUAUGCAGUAUUUUGAUACUGAAGGGGCAGGUUGUGUGUUCCUGUCUUAGAAUAUGACAAUCACCUUCUAAAUUCUUAAAAAGAAUAAUUAAAAAAAAAAUGUGUAAUACAAAACUUGGAAAUACAACCAUGCAUACAUUUGCUGCAUUGCCGUUUUCAUCUAAGCUCAACGAAUCAAUACAUUAUUUAUAGGCGGUCCAACAAACAUAUUCUGUGUGGAUCUUGUUGGCAAAAUAAAUGAUCUAAUAGGGUUUACAUAAUGUGUUAUAGCAAACAAAACACACAACUAAUAUCUUCCAUAUUUGAUUGUGGUUAUUAUUUGUGUUGCAUCUUCAAGCUUUUAAUUAUAUCUUUUUUCUUUUAGAGGUUAUUCACACAUCAGUGUAAACAUUGCAUUCGCUUAAAAAAUGUUUAUGAAUGUGAUGAAACAGUAUUGGAAUAAAAACUAGGCUGUGCAUCACCAGGAAUUCAGAGUGAGGCCAGUUUUAGACUGAACUAGCUGGAGUUGGUAUAAAGUCAGCUGUCUUAAAUUCAGUUGUUGCGGCCAAAAUGUAAAAUUAACUUUUUUAACAGUUCACAUUUUAGUAAAAAAUCUCUGUAAGUUUAAUGUCUCAAAGCAUGUUGCGUGCUUAUAUGAAGACAUGAGAAUAUUUGUAAUGCAUUUAUAUUUUUAUCAGUUACAGAGAGUAAGUAAUUGUUUGUUUUUCAAAGAUUUAAAAUAAGGAAGAAAUGCAAUGGGUCAUGGGAAGCAGUCAGGUCAGCAAAGGAAAUACUUACUAAAGAGUGAAACAAUUAGAAACAAUGAUCCAUGACAAUAAACAAGCGAACAGAAUCAUUUCAAAAAUAUUUCAAAAAACCUGUAGCAUUUAUAUCAAAGAAGCGAUCCCAUCAAGGGAUUUUGUCCUGGAGAGUUUGAUAAAAUCUUGGAUUUAGUCAAGGUAAAGGUAUUAACUAACUAUGCUAUUUUAAAAAAAAGUUGUGUAUGAACAUCAAUGUGCACUCCAAUUUAUCUUAAUCUAAUGCUUUAGUUUUAGCUGAAUUGUGGACUUUUUAGAGUUCAGCUAUUUUGCCCUGAUAUUUAAAAUUCACUACGAGAUUUUAUCAAACUCUCCGGGACUCUGUGUUUAGUGAGCAACAAUCCCUUGAUGUGAGCGUUACUUUGAUAUAUAUGCUACCGGUUCUGAGAAAUAUUUUUAUAAUUAUUUUAUUGGCUUGUCUAUUGUCAUGGAUCGUUGUUUCUAAUGGUCUCUCUUUAGUAAGUAUUUCCUUGCUGACCUGGCUGUACAAAGGUAUUGUCCAACUCUGCUGUUUUGAAAAAAAUGUGUGUAUGAACAUCAACGUGCAGUACAAUUUUUCUUAAUCUAAUGCUUUAGUUUUAGCUGAAUUGUGGACUUUUUAGAGUUCAGCUAUUUUGCCCUGAUAUUUAAAAUUCACUACGAGAUUUUAUCAAACUCUCCGGGACUCUGUGUUUAGUGAGCAACAAUCCCUUGAUGUGAGCGUUACUUUGAUAUAUAUGCUACCGGUUCUGAUAAAUAUUUUUAUAAUUAUUUUAUUGGCUUGUCUAUUGUCAUGGAUCGUUGUUUCUAAUGGUCUCUCUUUAGUAAGUAUUUCCUUGCUGACCUGGCUGUACAAAGGUAUUGUCCAACUCUGCUGUUUUGAAAAAAAUGUGUGUAUGAACAUCAACGUGCAGUACAAUUUUUCUUAAUCUAAUGCUUUAGUUUUAGCUGAAUUGUGGACUUUUUUGGCCUUAAAUUUGAAAUUCACUGUGAAUUCCCAACAAUCCUCACUUAAGUGAAUAACUUUGUGUGUUUUGGCAGAAGGUAAACACAGGCUGCUUGACACUUUAUGUGCGCCUCACACUUAAUCACAAUUUUAAAGUGGCACAACUUGCUAUUUAGUGAAGUGGCCCCUAAAUAACUUUAGAUUGCUACUAUAAUUUAUGUACUUUAAACUCACUUAAAACACUUAGACAUGUAAUAACUGAAAUAUAAUUUACUACAAGGUAACACAAUGUUAAGUAUGAAAAGCUUUCCCCCCUCUGUUUUCUAAAAGAUUUUUUCUAAAAAGGAUACAGUAAAUACAUUAGGGAGAUUCAUAUAUUUUAUAAGGCACUCCAAAAAGUAAAAAAAUAUAAUGUUCUAAAGAAGUAAUAUAUAUGCAUCCUUAUUUGUAUUAAAAAAUAUCAUAGGACUUUGAAUCUGUCAGAUGUACUGAGUCCACUAAUUUGCAUGAUGUAAAGUUGGCAACUGAACAAUGUGUUUUGCAAGUUCCAGAAAUGUAGCACACUAAUGGCAAUAAAUAGACGUGUGCCCCGAUUUUCUGCACCCCAUCAUACUGUGGCAAAUCUACAUGACCUUGACAAGUACUUGACUUUAACCUUCAGCUCAAAAUAUGUCAAAAGGCCUACAGAUAAUUUAAAAAGUUCUCUCUCUUUUUUUUUCUGUAAAUUGGACUCAAAUUCAGGUACAUUUAGUAUUUUACAGAAACCUGCAUUUCAUAAAACUAUGAACAAUCCUAUGGCUUUAAAUAAUACAUUAGGGUGAUGUUGUGGCACUGUGAUGCCAAAAAGGAGACAGUAUACUCUUUGAAAUUUAUAAAUUAUAAAGUGUCAAUAUAAUUUAAAGGUGGACAAAAGCACUUGAUUUGGCAUUUACUCAUUGUACAGCACUAUGGAAUAUGUUGUCACAUACAUAAUAAGGAAGGCAGGGCCACACACAGAGUGGAUGAGUAGAAGGCUUGCUGCAUCGCAGAGUCAGAAACAGCACUAAGGAUGGGAAUUGAGGGGGGCUGACUCCAUUCUCAGCUCAUUGGGUUGGGAUACUUUCUUUGCAUUGUCACAGUGAUGAGAGGGGGCUUUUGUGACUCACAACCUUAGUUCAGCCAGCUGCAAAAUUUCUUUCCCAGGGUCUGAAUAGAAAAAUAUUGAGGGGAGAGGAGGGGGAAGCAAUAGCAGAGCCAGGGUAGAGGGGGAAGGAAUCAAUAAGGACUGUGGAAGUGUCUUUAACACACAGGGGAAACUGGCUCACUUGGAUUAUUCAUGUCACAAAGAUACAGGAGACAGGCUACUGACGCUUAUUCAUGACUGCGUCUUGACAUACAUACACAUAGACCUUUCUUGGACACACGUGUGAGCACUACUCUUACACUGUUAGAAAUCUUCUAUUGUGUAUAUGUAAGUUUCCAGUACGUGCAUGUACGUGUGUGUAUGCAGUUCGUGGGUGUUUUAUAAACAUUCGGAUAACCAAACAUUGUUAUGUGUGCAACAUGGAUCAUACAAUAAAGCCUCUCUUGUGAGUAUGCAACUUCUAAAUAAAACAAUCUCCUUUGUGUUUGUGUAUGUGACAUACAUACACUGAGGGAUAUAGAGUGAGAACAACAUUGUUGGAGGCCCCUUGUGCCUACGUGCAUGUGUGUGCGUUUGUUGGCCGUCCUAUAAUUAAGAAUUUUAUACUGAAGAAACCUUUCUUCAUAACCUACACACAUAAUAGAAAAGGUAUCCUCUAGGCAAUACAACCUACUAGAGUUAGCACAUAUGUCAAGUAAAUCUUUGCACCAGAAAAACAACAAAUAGCUGAAAAUGGUCAGGUCAUAGUUAGUUUAAAUUAACCCUGUCUCAUUCAGGGUUCUCUGUAUACUUUGCCACUAUCUUUUUUCUCCAUAGAACUAGCGAUGUGUAAAGAGAAGCCUUUUCCCCCCAGGGUGUCAAGUUUGACAAAACCUGAUGGUGGAAGAGCUGCCUGUUGUCAAGUGUUGUCAGCUUAAGACUUUAACCUAAGACAAAGAAGUCUCUCCUUUGUCUUAUGAUCAUUUUUAAUUCUGUCAGAAUUCCAUUGAAAUUCCAACACCGGUGACAAGCAUAUCUUCAUGAAAUACUCAGAAGUGACAGAACCACUUUACUGUAUCCUUUUCAUAGAUGGUAGAAAUAAUGCUCACACAUUAAACACUGGCUGUUUUAAAAAUCUAAAUUUCAAGAUAUACUUUAGCAUCAGCGAGAAAUCUGGCAGUCUUCACCUUGAAUAUUCUUGUAAAGGUAUUCUUUCAUGCCAGUGAGAAAAAGAUGGAUAGUACCCAAGCUGUGGAAUCUCACAGGUAAAAGUUCAAUAUAGCCAUGUCAGCAGUAAGUUGGGCAAUAACAACAACUAGUCAUUCAGGAAGUGUCUCCCAAGGGACCUAUUCUGCAUCAGGGCUCAAAGUGUCCCUCACCACUAGCAAUUGUGAUUAGAAAUUGACACCUUGUGAGUAUGCCAUGGCUUUCAGGUGAGUCAUUUAAGGCUUGUCUAGUAGCACUAACAUAACACAGGUGAUACUUACCAGCGUCAUCCAAGAUAGCUGUAACAGCGCAUGCAAGGAGAUGUAUUCACUGUCUCCCAAAGGAUAUGUUCAGCAUUAUCACACAAGUGUGAUAGUACAUAUAAAUAACUUAUUUAUAUACACAUAUUUUGCAGCAUUUUACCAAGCGCAAUAUGAUUUUUUUUCUCAAUAUUAAAAUGGGAUAUAUUGCAUGACAGUUAUUUUUAUUAAACUUGCGACAGUUUAUUUAAUCUGCCCACUUAAACUCUGCAGCAUUACUGAUAACUAGGGUCCAGCCAAAUGUAAUGCAAAGCAAAAAAACACAUAAGAAAUUUGCAAAAAGUUCACAUAUCUAGAAACCAUUAAGUCAAACAGGGUUAUUAGGUUAACUCCAAAUUCUCUUGCAUUAACUCAUAAUGGAAAAACUGAUUCACAAAUAGCCAUGUUGGUUACUAUGCCUGAGUUUGAGAAUUUGUUCCAGACCAGGUAUUCUGACUUCAGUUCUUGCAUUUGGAUUUAUUUCUAAAAAAAGGUGUUUAUUUUACUAAACUCAGCAGAGCUUUGGCCCAAUUCUGUAAGUUUAAUGACGUGAGUUUAAAGAGUUGCUGAGGUGAUUCAUGAAGUUUCAACAUUUUGUAGCGAAAAGCUGCAUUAAAAAUUGGCCUUGGAAAUCAGUGCAUAGAGACUGAUCCCAACUGUACCCCAAUGAUGAGAUUCCACUCCAUGGAAGAUGGUAAAGAGGGAUACCAAAAAAAAAAAAUGUUUUACAGUUGGAAAGUUGGUGUUAAAAUACAUUUUAUCCCCAGGUACCAUGUAACCUAAGUAUGCCUCUGAUAUUAAUGAUAUUAAACCCUCUAGCUGCAGAAGAAAGUAUGUGAGAGCAAAGAUGAGUGUGCACUCCGCAGAAGUCACAGGCAUGUGUAAACUUAAUUUUAUAACUUUAUAAUUAAUCACACAGUCACCAGAAGUGAAUAAUUAACACAGUCAAACAAACAGUUUUUUUCACUUUUGUUUGAAGCUGAAGGUUUAGGGAGCUUUACAUAGCUUUGGGAGGAGAACAUAGAUGUGUAUAUGUGGCUUGCAUUCCAUGGGAAAGGGUAGGAAGCUCCUGGUAUGGAGCUGAAAUGUCAACAUGUUUUAGCAUUAACAUAAAUAAAAGUUAAGUUUUAUCAAAGAGCUUUGUGAAGUUCCUGGAAUGCAGUCCAUCACUUGUAUAUACUGAGUCUUCAUAAAACCAUUGACAUACAGUGGAAGGUGUAUGGACAUGGGUGUGUGCCUUCCACUGUAUGUCGAAAAAGUUUUUAAAGAUUUUUUGCUAUUUGGAAUGAGCAGUGGAUUAUGCUCUGUGAUGAACACCUUUUUUUUUCUUUGGUACACAUAGAGUCUAAGGGGGCUAUCUAUCCUGAGUGUGGUCUCAAGCUAGGGGCUACAACUAAUUUAUACUUAUGCUGUAAUGGCGCUGCUGCAGAAAACUGGCUUACAGCACAAUUUUGUACAAAGGAAGGUUCCUUUUCCUUUAGGAAACACUAUAGGCGUCCAGAUCACUACAUCGCAAUGAAGUGGUUUUAAUACCAUUCUCCCCUCUACCCCCUGAAUGUGAAUGUGAAAACACUGCUGUUCUGCAGGAAGACAAUGUUUUUGUUUCAGGGUUAACCUGCCUCCGGUGACUGUCAUACUGACACUUCCUUAAAAUUGCAGAGUAAAACUAUGUUAUUUGAUUCAGAUGGUCUGAGAAUACCAUCUGAUUGGUACAGCGUGGCAUUUGGCCACACAUGCGCCCUUGCCUCCCAAUGCUCGAUGAUCUCAACCACGGAGGCGCAGCCAUACGCAGACAUAGCAGCACAGCAUGGAAAACAAGGCAAGUUAACUCUCGGGGAGUUAAUGUUUACCCUCUGGGAGGAGGCCUGUCACCUAAAUGGUGAUUAGGGCACUGUAGUGUUAGUAAUGCACAUUUGUAUAAAAGGCAUAACUCUUGCCAUCUGUGUCAACUUGCUAGCUUCCUCUUUGAGCAGGAAUGCUCCUCCUGAAGUCUGCUUUUAUGGUAGUAUCACAUAUUGCUAAGUCUGUAGCUUUCAACACAUCAAGAAAAAUUACAUCAUAAUGACAUAACAUGUAAACUAAUGACCUUAUCUUACUUUAGAGAAUUGUGCUUGUAACAGAUAGUAUUUAAGAAAGAUUACCAUCAAUCACACACAAACUGUCAGAUGAGCUGAGUUUUUGUUUAUUCUGCCUGCUCUGAAUACUUAUUGUAUUUCUGAAUGAGAGGUAGCGAAACAAAAACAGGAAAUGCUAAGUCACAAUUUGUGAGUGGAAGCAUUUCCAGAUAUUCCUGGACUCUUUUAAACCACCUGGCAUUAUCAAUUACUCAAUUAAGGCUUCAAUUUAUCCACAUAGGUGAAUGUCUUUAUCAGAGACUUUACAUUUUCAGUAAAUAUACAGUGUGAGUAAAGUACAAAUAUUACGUAGGCCAAAAAUUAAAAAAAAAAAUGAUGGAGCAGAGUAACUAGAUUUACAGCCAGUCUUUACUUUUCUUUUUUAGAACCCAAAAUAUUGAUAUUCUGGGUAAAAAUAUGAAUUUAGAUAUAGUCUGUAUAGAAAAAAAAAUCAUCAAACAAAAAAAGUCAAAUCCUAUAAUCUGAUAUUAUGAAGAAUGGCAUCAACCUUCUGACAUUUUACAUAUUUGGGGACUUUUUUUUAUCGUAUGUUACUGAGAUGAGUACAACGGCUACAGCUGGCAUCCCUGAAAUAAAUGCAAGUAUAUGUAAAUCUUUCCAAAGGGUUAAGGAACAUUCCUAAUAAAUCUAAGAAGCAAAAUGAGAGUAGGUAGUGAAAUUUAUUUAAUCAACCAUGGUCAUAAUGAGACCAUAUACUAUAAAGAACAGUAAGGACAAUUAUAAACAUGAAACUGUGGACGGAGUUAUCCUGGCUCAGUAAACAUAGGGGUUAUUUUGAUCAAGGCCCUGGGAAUUAAGCACACACACCUUAAAUGUAUUAUUGAGACACAAAAAUUUGAAUGGAUCCAAUCCAGAUCAACUUUUUAAACUUUUUUUCAGUUAAUGUUUGUGAUAUGUUUUUUUUAAAUGUAUUCAGGGCCGUCUUUAACCCCUUAAGGACCAAACUUCUGGAAUAAAAGGGAAUCAUGACAUGUCACACAUGUCACGUGUCCUUAAAGGGUUAAAGCGGGGCAAACGGGGCCCCGUAAUGUAUUUGAGCCCCAUGGACCCGGCGGUGCGGCUCGCACACAAAGGAAGGAGGCCCACCGGGUGGCCCAUGCACUGAGGGCCACCUGAUGGGCAUGUGUCAGCAGGGGCCCGGUCGGGCGCAGUGCCGCUUAAACAGUGCAACUGGGCCCCUUUCUGUUCGGCAGCCAGCUGGGAGGAAGUGACUGCCGCAAGUCACUCCCUCCCACAGAGAAAUCAGAGCGCACAGGAAGGGGAAGGCAGAGAGUAGGGGACCAGGCCGGGAGUGCCAGAGCCUAACGCCCAACUGUCUCGGCCUGUUACUGGACCCCAGGGAAACCACCCUCAUGAAAAAGGUAAGAACCUGGAUGGUGGCUAAGUGUAAAUAGAGCAUGUGUGUGUGUCAGUAUGUCUGUGUGUGUAUCUGUAUGUCUGUCUGUAUGUUUGAUUGCGUCAGUAUGUCUGUGUGUGUAUCAGCAUGUCUGUCUGAUUGUGUCAGUAUGUCUGUGUAUGUGUGUCAGUAUGUCUGUCUGUGUGUCUGUUUGUGUCAGGAUGUCUGUCUGUUGGUGUGUGUGUCAGUAUGUCUGUCAGUAUAUGUGUCUGUCAAUAUAUGUGUCAGUAUGCCUGUCAGUGUGUGUCUGUCUGUCAGGUUUGUAUCCGUAUGGCUGUCAGUCUGUGUUUGUGUCAGUAUGUCUGUCUGUUUGUGUCAGGAUGUCUGUCUGUUGGUGUGUGUGUCAGUAUGUCUGUCAGUAUAUGUGUCUGUCAAUAUAUGUGUCAGUAUGCCUUUCAGUGUGUGUCUGUCUGUCAGGUUUGUAUCCGUAUGGCUGUCAGUCUGUGUUUGUGUCAGUAUGUCUGUCUGUUGGUGUGUGUGUUUCUGUCAACGUGUGUCAGUAUGUUUGUCAGUGUGUGUGUCAGUAUAUGUGUCUGUAUCUGUCAGUGUAUGUGUCAGUAUGUCUCUCAGUGUGUCAGUAUGUCUGUCAAUGUGUGUGUCAGUAUGUCUGUCAGCGUCUGUGUGUGUCAGAGUGUGUCUCAGUAUGUCUGUCAAUAUAUGUGUCAGUAUGUCUGUCAGUGUGUGUGUCUGACUGAGUCAGUAUAUGUGUGUGUGUGAGUAUAUGAGCCAGUGUGUGUGUCAGUAUACGUGUCUGUCAGUGUAUGUGUCAGGAUGUCCGUCAGUGUAUGUGUCUGUGUGUGUGUGUGUGUAUGUGUGUCAGUACGUCUGUCAGUGUGUGUGUCUGAGUGAGUCAGUAUAUGUGUCAGUAUAUGUGUCUGUCAGUAUAUGUGUGUCUGUGUGUGUCAGUAUCUCUUAGUGUAUGUGUCAGUAUGUCUGUCAGCAUAUGUGUCUGAGUAUCUGUCUGCUGUCAUUGUUUAUCUGUGUGUGUUUGUCUCAGUGUGUCUAUCUGCAUGUGUGUCGGUGUGUGUCAGCAUGUUUUUAGAGUGUGUGUGUAUCUGCGUGUGUGUUUGUGGGGCAGUAUAUGUGUAUAUGUGCAUACAUCUCAGCAUUCAAACACUAACACGACACACAAAUACAUCCUGCAUUCAAACUUCAACACUUUAUACAAGCACACUCCUUCAAUGAAACAACAAUACAUACAAAAACACCUCUGUGUUAAACACCCAAAUUACAUGUAAACACACCCUUGCAUUCAAAAAUCAACACUACUUAUAAAUGCAUGCUUGCAUUCAAACACCAACACCACAUGCAAACACACUCCUACAUACAUACAAGCAUACUCCAUACAAAAACAUGCUUACAUUCAAACACACAAACAUUGCUCAGUGUUAAAUACAACCUUAAAGGAUGGGAAAAUGUAGAGACCCAGCUGUCAAAGCAUUGUUAGAGCUGCACGACAGAUGGGGAUUUACUUUUUGGCCACCCUUGCGAUAAGAGGCACAAAAAAUUAUUGCACCAGGGUCCUCUCUACUUUAGUGCCACCACUGCGAUGGGGUGUAGGGUGUGAUUGCAUGCCAGUGAGCGGUAGAUGGGGGACAGGGUUCAGGGGGCCCAAGCUAAUGCUUGCCCAAGGUCCAUUCAUUAUUAAAGAUGGCCCUGAAUGUAUUUAUGUAUUUUCUAUGAAGUGAAAGGUUAACUUUAGGGAUGGACUGACAUACUGGGCUUAGAAAAUGCAUGCUUGAUAGCAGUAAAAAAUAGUAGAAUAUCUAACUCAGGCAAGGUAAUAACAAUACAGGUAUUUUGGUAUCCUCAGUUAUUGUUCCAGCAUGUGUUGGUAGUUUGUAUUUUGUGCUCCAUUGGCUUCUGUGGUUUUUAGUCUAGUAAUCAGAUGUGUAUUUAGCAGCUUUUUUUUAUAGGUGGAAUUAAAGUGAAACCUAGAUAUUAGAGGCAUAAACUAGAAUUUAGAACACAACUCUGAAAUCUUGCCGCCCCCCCCACACACACACACACACACACACACACACACACACACACACAUUUUGCUAAACAACACCCAUUAUUCUUUAGCCACCUAUUGCAUCCAAAUAAUUAUGAGAAGUCUGAAGGCAGAUACUUUUUCUCCCGUGAAAAGAAAAGAGGAAAGAGGAAUAAAGAAUGCUACUUUAUUGUGUAUAAGAAGGAGGAAUUAUCACCUCUAUUUACAGAAAUGUAAUGGGACACUAUAGUCACCAAAACAACUUUAGCUUAAUGAAGUUGUUUUGGUGUAUAGCUCAUGCCCCUGCAGUUUCACUGCUCAAUUCUCUGCUAUUUAGGAUUUAAAUCACUUUCUUUAUAUAUAUAUCCAUAGUCACACCUCCUAAACACUCCCUGUAAAGAGUAAUGUAAUGUUUAUACUUCCUUUAUUGCAAAUUCUGUUGAAUUCAACUUUUCAAGAUUGCUAGACCCCGUCAGGAGCCUCCUGUGUGUGAUUAAAGUUGAAUUUACAGAGCAGGAAAAAAACUUUUAAAGUAAGUAACAUCUGAUUAAAAGUGAAACUUUUUUUCAUGCAGGCUGUGGGAGUCACAGCCAGGGGAGGUGUGGCUAGGGCUGCAUAAACCGAAACAAAAGUGAUUAAACUCCUAAAUUGCAGAGAAUUCAGCAGUGAAACUUCAGAGGCAUGAUCAAUACACAAAAACUUCUUAAUUAAGCUAAAGUUGUUUUGGUGACUAUAAUGUCACUGGCAAGUGAUAACCUUCUCCAGUAUGAUGCUUGGUUUAAGAAGUGAUGUUGUACAAUUGAGUUGUAUACAUUGACUGGCACCUUUUUCUGUCAUCCUGUCCCUGUGUCAAGUCAAUAAAAGAAUUAGAAGCAAUGUCAGUCAGAAAAGUAACGUGUCCGUAUGACUCACACAAGGCAGGGGCUCCCUUAUUCUGCCACUGUUUCACAAUAGAAGUUUGUAUCCGUCUGUCAGUCAUGUACACGUCUACAAAGAGAUGAUCUAUUUCCCAUUAGAUUUCCAUGUUUUUAAUAUACAGGGGAAUGCUCUUUCAAUUCUUAUGUUCCCCCCUUUCAUAUGCAAGAGCGCACGUUGAAAACAAAUCCAGGACAUUGCAUUUCUGGUAUGGUUACUAUCAUAGAAUUACCAAUAUGCUCUCUGCCUGACCCCUAGGCAUAGAAAGGAAUUGCCUCGAACAUUGAUUAUAAAAGAUAGGAACGCUUGCAUGACAAAUAGCCAGCUGAUCAUCCUUUGCAGCUUAUUGCAAAGCUUGACAAAAGGUAGAAUCCCAGAUAUCAUAGAACUACAACUCCCAUGUUGCUUUCCAGUCAUAAGACUACUAUUUGAUCACCCCUGGCUCAUUGUCUCAAACACCUAUAGCAGGUAUGUGUUUCACCAAGUCUGUCAUACAGAUGUAUACAUUCAGACCUGUAGAAGAUAAAAGCAAAUUCCAAACAGCAGAUAGCUUAGUAUGAAGUACCCUCUCUUCCCAGGCUGUGUACCCCUAGCCAAUUCAACAAGUUUAAUUAAGCUCGAAGAACCCAGGAGUAAAUUAGCCAGAACAAGGGACAGUUACCAUGAAAGGAUUACCAUAUCAAUGCUUGGCUCUUGUGUGAAUACAAAUCAAUUACCAGGAGCUGUGAAGCUGGCUUUUCUCUCCAGAGUAUUAAUGCCUGACAAAAGCAGGGAUACAAAGAAAGCCCUGUUAAAUGAAGAGAGAGUGUGUGUUUUUGUGGGGAGGGGGGUAGAUAGAAAUGAGGGGCUUCACAGUAAAAAUAUGAGGGAAGGAGGGGUAUUGAAGUGCCCAGUUACAUUGGAUUAACCCUUUUUAAUAUUAUGAUAUGUAUGUUAAAACUCUUGCAUGUCCUAUUUCAGUGACAAGUUUUAGCAUCCAAGAUGUUUCUGAACUACAUUUCCCAUGAUGCUUAAUUAUGUGUUUAUUUGAAUCAUUCUGUGUGUUCAUUUGACAAUAGUGUGCUUUCCCCAAGUCUUUAAAAUAAUUACAGGCUAAUUUACAAAUUGUCUUAAAAAAUUAUAGUACAUCACUAUAGAAUAUGUUAUCAAUUUAAAACAAACACUGUCAAAAAUAAACCACUUUAAUCCUUCACUGUUCAAAUUACUCAAAUUAGCUAACGACUUUCCUCAUUUGGAAGUCUGUAAACAACUAAUUUUGAUUUGUUCACAUCUUUUAUAAGCUUUCUGCAUAUAAUUACACAUGCUGACUUUUUACGUGUAAAUAUAGCAACAACAUAACUUGUCAUAACAACACGUUAUGUAAAAUAAAUACCUAAAUAAAUUUAUAGCUUUUUAAAGUAGAAGGAAUCCACACACUUCUUGGUCAGAAACACAAGGUGCAAUACUAGACCGAGGCUGGCAUACCCCAGUACACAUGUAAAAUAACAGAGAUGGUACAGUCAUUCAUGGGUGACUAAUAAGGCAGUUUUAAUGAAGAUCAGUGCAUAUUACAAACAGCAACAUUUUGACCUUUAAAUGAAGUCUUUAAGAAACUCUUGUGUCCCUUCCUCCCUCCCACAGUGAAGGAAGUCUUCCCUCCUUCCAAUACCUUCUGAAUUUUUUUAAAUUCCCGCCCUAACUCUCCCCAUUUUUUCUUCGGCUCAGAGCGAGCGCAUGCGCCCUGAGCUGGUAAAAUGGUCCAAUCCAAGGGUCCAAAUGACGCGGUUGCGCCGAAUAGCACUGGGAGAUUCUCCUGAUGCUGGAUUAAGGUUGUUAAGGUAACUUUAAUUUUGAAACAGUCUUUAAGUGAUUUUGUAGGGGGGACUGAUAGAAUAAUGCCAAUAGGGCAUUAUUCUAUCAUAAAUGAAAAAUGAUUGGAGAAACCAUUUAAUAAAAACAUACACAUAUUUAUAUAUACAAUACAUACUACUUAGACAUCAUUUUAUAUAUAUAUAUUGAUCUUGAAAAAGACCCUGAGGGGUCGAAACGUCGAUUAAGAUGUUUUACACUUUGCUGUAAACUUUUUUCACAAUAAAUACACUAUAGAGAAGUCCUUUUGAGUGCUCCAGUUUAUCGCUUGAUAUAUAUAUAUAUAUAUGUAUAUUUAUUUAAUUAUAAAAUAUUUUACUAGGAAUGAUACAUUGAGAAUUCUCUCGUUUUCAAGUAUGUCCUGGGUAUAUAUGUAACUCAUAUGUGCAUUUCUUUGUAUAUGCAGGAGACACGGCAGGAGAAGAUGCUCAAGUUUGCCUGAAGUGCUGUGCGCAGUUUGAUGAGCCGUCUGAUUUUGCCAGGCAUAAGGAAUCUUGCUCCAUGGACAACCAUGUUGUGGUGAUAGUAGAGAACCAAGAAGAAUCAGGGAAAGGCUUUCAUACAAUUAUUAGUGAAGGAUCUGUUUCACGACCUGUAACUCCAAAUACUAUGGCAACUGGAAAUAAAACAGACACUAUUCAACAAGAUGAGAGAGACACAGGAAUUAUGGGUGCCAUGAGACAUGAUAUAAGUAAAAAGGGGGUAGGCCCAUCACAACGUUUCCUUAUUCCCAGUGGAGGCUUAAUUGUGGAAGGUGUGACAGGGCCAAAGGUUGGGAUGGCUCCGGUGAGUCAGGAAGCUUUUCCUUCUGGUCAGACAGCUGCAGCCCCAAUAAAUAUCCCAAUGAUACUGGAAGAAUUAAGAGUUCUGCAGCAACGGCAGAUUCAUCAAAUGCAAAUAACUGAGCAGAUCUGUCAACAGGUGCUUAUGCUUGGCUCUCUCUCCAUGCCACCAUUGGCACAUACAACAUCUUCAUCUGAUGGAUCUCCUGGGGCCAAGUCUCUUCCGAUCUUCAGUCCGUCAACACAAUCUCAGCCUGUGCCAGAAACAGCAAAGACUUAUCCUGGAGAAGACACCACCAAGCAGCCUUUUCUUCAUAUUUACAACACAGUAGGACAGCCAUUUAGUGGCAGAAAUAUUCCAAAUGUGAAAGACAAGUUGUUUGGAGGAUUCUGUGACAAGCUUUCUCCAGUAAGUGCAUCUCUUCCAAGCUCACCAACAAGUCAACUGAUAUCCCCACAUUCAGUUUUUCCUCCAGGUUUACCCACUUUGCCAGGAGCAUUAUUUUUAGGUGCAAGAGUAUUGGAGACUGCCCCAAGCCUACUUAAACAAAAAAACAGUGAGCCAUUACGUGGUGAAAGCCAACAGGACAGGUCAUCAGGAAGACAUAAAUGCCGUUUCUGUGCAAAGGUUUUUGGAAGUGACAGUGCCCUUCAAAUUCACCUACGUUCUCAUACUGGUGAAAGACCAUACAAAUGCAACAUCUGUGGAAAUCGUUUUACCACAAGAGGCAAUCUAAAAGUACACUUCCAUCGACAUCGAGAGAAGUACCCUCAUAUUCAAAUGAAUCCAAAUCCUGUUCCUGAGCAUCUAGACUAUGUUCUGUCAAACACAGGCCUUCCCUAUGGUAUGUCAGUACCUCCAGAGAAAGCAGAAGAAGAGACGCUAGACAAAAAGCCUCUUUUGCCACCAGUAAUGACCACAGAAAGUCUAAAUCUUUUUUCUGGUUCAAGUAGUCAGGGACUUCCAUCACUUAGCAAGUUGGUACUCAUGAAAGCUGGAGAUGGAACUCCAACACUAAAGGGUCCGAUUGGAUUUCCAAAGACAAAGGCUGAUGAAAAUACUCCUCCAGGAGAAAGGUCAGAAAUGGUAGGAUCCGGGGUCAGUGGAAGAAUGCAGCUCAGCAAGUUGGUUACAUCACUUCCAAGUUGGGCACUAUUAGCAAGCCACUUUAAAACAGGGGCAUUUCCUUUUUCGUACACAGUUGAACCACUGGGAUAUUCAGAAACCUCAAAGCUACAACAACUUGUAGAAAAAAUUGACAAGCAAGCAACUGUCCCUAACCAAUGUGUUAUCUGUUUAAGGGUGUUAAGCUGUCCCCGGGCUCUCAGGCUUCAUUAUAACCAACAUGGUGGAGAAAGACCAUUCAAGUGCAAAAUAUGUGGGAGGGCAUUUUCUACAAAGGGCAACUUAAAGGCCCACUUUGUGGGUCACAAGUCUAGUUUAUCAUCAAAGCCUCAGAAUUCAUGUCCAAUAUGUCAGAAGAAGUUUACAAAUGCUGUUACUCUCCAGCAGCACAUAAAAAUGCAUUUAGGAGGGCAAAUCCCAAAUGGUGAACUUAUGGACAUAGGUGGAAGCAAAAAUGAAUGCAUAGAGGAUAAGAGUAUCCCAGAUUUUUCAGAUGAAAUUAGUACAGAUGAAGAAUCUUUGGUUGGUAGUGAAUCAGAAAAUGAUAAAACAGCACUAGUUGAUUCAGAAAUCUCCAGUUUAGAAGGUGAUGCGGCCAAUGCUAUUGUAAAGAAAAAUGAAGAAAAUAGCAUAACUUCUUCUGUUGCCCCUCAGCUCACACCAUAUGCAGCCAAAGAGUCAAGUACAUCACCAGAACUUACUGUUGACAAUAAGCCAGUCUCAGAAACGAUUCCAAAUUCUGUAACUGAUGAACAACCAAUGAAAGAUGUUGAAUGCGCAAUAGAACCUGAAUCAAGUAUAAGUCCCCAAAACACAAAUGUGAAAACCACUGGGGAUGAAAGUAGCACAGAAAAGGAAAAUGAUCCUGAACUAAAUCUAUGUAAUAAAACUGUGGGAAGUCCACAUCAGAAGGAAACUCACAUAUGCACACUUUGUUCAGACAGACUUCCUAGUAGUGAAUCACUGGAAGAGCAUACCAAGUACCACACCAAAGAUGGGCUGUUCCACUGCCUAGUUUGCAAGCAAAGCUUUUUGGAGGCAUCCAUUCUGAAGAAGCAUGUUCUGCAUGCACACCAGGUGAGCCAUUUCUUCCCUCCUCAGCUGACCAGCAGCCCAAAAUUCCCAAAUGGAGACUUGCCACCUCCAGCCCAAACCUUUCUGGUGAACUCAGUGAAGAGUGAAGUGGUAAGCCCACCCCAGACAUUGGCACUAGUCCAGUUUCCUCGGCUGGCGGUACCCUCAUCCCUUUCCCCUCCUUUGAGACGCAGCCCUAAGCAGCAUCUGUGCGUAGUAUGUAAGAAGACGUUCUCCUCGGCCAGUGCCUUGCAGAUUCAUGAAAGGAUACAUACAGGAGAGAAGCCUUUUUCCUGCAAUAUGUGUGGAAGGGCGUUCACCACACGGGGGAACCUGAAGGUAGGUACCCACCCAAGUUGCAGUGAGCAGGAAAAAUACCCUAGGCUCUUCUUGUGAAGCAGCCAUCAUCUUAAAUGCCAGCUAUGUGACAGUAGUUGUAAUAUCUUAGCACAAAAGUGACAGUCUAAGCUAAAAAAAACCUUUAGAUUUAUUACAAAUAUCAAGCAAUUCAUUUCUGAAAAUUUAUAAUAGUCAUAUUCUUUUUAUUUAUUUUUAUUUUUUUUACAAAUAGGAGUUAAAUGAUCGGUGUAAAUAUGAUGAGGCAUUUCUGGUAAUAUUCUAAUAUUAAUCUGCUCAAAGAAUAAAUAUAUGUUACCUUGUGUCUUGUGUUCCGCCCACUGCACUUCUCACAAGCUAUUUAAAAUCUGUUGGUUUAUUUCCAACCAUUGCAAUUUCACCAAACUCAUAUUAUAUUAAUACUAUAAUAUUGUAUAUGCAAUAUCUACUCUUGUUAUUAAUCUGGUGUGUGCUAGAAAAAUUAAAUAAAAAAUAUAUUUAAAUUUUUAUAUAUAUAUAUAUAUAUAUAUAUAUAUAAGCAUGUAUUGUACCCUUUAAGUGCACAUCACUGACUAGUUCCAUUUUCAUUGAGAGGUGAAUAAUAUAACAUCCGUUGUCAUUUUUAGGUCCACAUGAGCACACAUGUAUGGAGCACUAACAACUCUAGAAGAGGAAGGCGUCUCUCUCUGGAUAACCUUGGUCCGCUAUUUUCAGGAACCCCUGUGAAAUUGCAUGACUUUCUGUCCAAAGAUAUCCCCACCCAGUUGGUUGGAGUCAACCCAUUAUCUUUUUGGAAUCAAUAUACAGCCUAUCUCACAAGUGGCCCUCUCCCAACAAGUGGAAGCGUUACCUCUGCGGCAGCUGUAAUUUCACCACCUGCUUUGCUUGGCUUGCAAACAGCUAAAGUUGGAAGCAUUCCUGUGGGAGAGCUAGCAGAAGUCAAAGAGAGAAAAACUGCAAACACUGAAGCUCCAUGUGACAGUUUGACAAAAGAAGAGAAGUAGAUAUGCUGGAAUAAGUCCCAAAAACAUGCUGAGACAAUGCGCAAAUAGUGAGCAGUGGGUGUGAUCCCUGGAGACAGCCAACUGAGACAGUGUUCGGUAGCUUAAGGUGUCCCUUUUUUACAACCACAUCCUCCUCAACAAAAAGAAGACUCACCACAGCAUACUUACAUGUUAAAUUGUUAUCUGAGAUAGCAGUUUGUACAGAAUGUAUAUGACAAUGACAAGUAAAUGUAUUGAUGCAUCCCAUACAUAUCUGAUUUGAUAAAAUGAGGAUAAUCAGAAGCAAAAACAAGUUUGCGCCGAAAUCCAUCAAUUUUUACUUACGUCGAUUUUUUUUUUUACAUAUGGCCUCAACUUCAGAUGAUGUGUUGUGGGCUGACAGAUGGUAAACAUAUGAAGUCUCUGAUAACAACUAUUAAAAUAAGGAUUAGAAAUUCGACUGUAUAUAAAAUUCUGAAAUCUACUUUAAAUCAACCACAAUGAGAUAUGUAAAAGUCUUUACAGACACUGACAAUACUAGAAGAAUGUAAAACUCACUAUCAAUUAAAACCUACUUACUGCAGAAUAAGUGUUAAUCUGGGUUUGGAGUGCAAUAGCACGCCCAAGUCCUUUGUGAUAAUUCUCAAGAUCGCAAACAGACAAACUUUGGCUCUCCAGCUGUUGUGAUUAAAUGUCUCCAAUGUUUCUGAGCCAGUCUAUUCAAAUCUAAAGAUAUUCUAUGAUAGAAACAUUCACAAUCGAGAACGUCCUAACAAUCAAUCCUGUGCAUGAUCGAAAUCCAGAUUUCCAAUAAUAUCAUGGAGCAUAGAAAAUCUACAGCUGUCAAUCACUUCCACAAAGGAUCAGGCUGUUUUUUUAGUCUUCUAAAAUGAUGUUCAUUUAACCCAUUAAGGGCCAGGUCAAAUGUUACAAUGACUGUGUUGCAAUUACAGUCUGGUCCCUAAAGACGUUAUGCCAGAAUGAAAUGUCCUUAUUUAUUCUCGACAGCUCCACACAUCCUUUGGUCAUCAAAUGAGUGCCUCAUUUUCGGUUAAGAUCCUUAAAGAACUGUUAUGACAGCAUUGACCGUUAUUGGUUCUUCAAGAAGUUAAUCACCCAAGUUACUGGUUAAGAUCGUGUGUUAUAGGCAUCAAAAUGGCUUUUGUUAGUGAAGUAGUAGAGAUGAAGCCAUUACUUAAAUCAUUAGUCCCAUGCAUGCUUUGACCCAUACUAUGAUCAAUCACUCAUAUUAACAAACACUAGUGUUACUCUGGGCCUUGUAAUCAUGUGUUAACUCUGUGUUCAUGCUUUCAAGACUCAGAUUGAAAUAGUAAGACAUGUUUCAUCUGCUUUACCCUCGUGUAUUCUUCUUGUAGGCUGUGAAAUAUCUUCCUAACAUGGAUGAUGUAUAUGGGAUAUUGUUGGGUGUGCUAGGAUAGCACAAACCUUUUGGAGACACUAGCCAGGUGUUCAGAUAGUUUACAUCAAAUGUUUCAUGCUUAAUAAAUUUAAAGGGUAAAAAAAUACAGCAGAUUGUUGUUGCAUUUUGUUGCAUUUUAAAUUGAGUUUAAAAAAGAUUAUUUAAUAAACAAGAAACGGAAGUGAAUUGCAAAAUGUACCUUAAUCUAGCCGAGUUAGAAAACAAAAUUUGUGCUGGAGAAUUUGUCUAACUUAACUUUGGCUAUAUCCACCAGACAUAAAGCAUAUAUUUUAAACACUAAAGCAAUAGGUCUACACUUUGCAUCUCAACGAAGAAGGUGGUGAGAGUUCUGGAAACUAUAGUUAGCAUACAAGUAAAUGCUGAGAAACUACAAAUUCUGUAGUCCUCGAUUCAUGGGAGGUCAACAACUGGAGAGGUACUUGCAACUUAUUUACUAACUGCUCAAUAACAAUUCAUAUAAAAUAAUAGCUGAGAAUGCCUGAAUAAACUUCUCAUGAGUAAUCCACUGUUACACUGUUAUUUCCAUUAUCCGCUAAAGAAAAUAGAUCCACCAAAGGCUUAACAAAAAUUGUUGAUUGUCCCCUCUAAGAAAGUUCCUUAUGAAAACUGUCAAUAUUACAGCAAUAUCACUAAUGGUUGGAGACAUGUGAUUAAACAUAACAUUAACAAGUCUUGCAAAAAAAAAAGGGGAGCAACUUGUUUGGGUACCACAAUGGAAUGUGCAGGGUCAACGGUCAAAGGAAUCUAUCCGGGUAAUUAUAACAAGUGAUACCAGUAGAGGAUGGUAAUAUACAAUUAUAUAUAACGUGCAAGAGAUAAACAUAUUGCUAAAAUCCAAGGGUAAAUGUACUGGGGUUUUCUAUUGUUUGGUGUAAAUGGUACAGCUUUAGUUUUUAAAGUACAUCUCAAUGUCAUCUAAAAGGACGAAGCUGGGAGUGUGGAGUUCAUAGUGGCUGCAUAUAUAAUGAUGGCAAGUUUCCAUGGAGCCUGUCUUUUUAAUUUUCAGGCAUCACAGCAGCUGAGCUUAUGUCUACUGUUCAUUCUCUUCACAUAUUGGAGAAGAGGGGAUCAAGGGUUCCUGGUUACAGAUAAUAUUAUUUAAGCGAUUAUGUUUGACUUGCUCGGCUCACAGCACAUAUAUCUCCCACUGAUAGACCAGCUGGCCUCCCCUCCUCUAUUCAGCCAUACUUCCUGCCAACUGAGCCCAGUCUUAAUCCCUUUAAAGCAGUUGGGUGAACAUUUCCUCUUUGUCUCUUUUUUUUUUUUUAGUUUACCCCGAUCCCUCUUCACACCAGUUCUUGCCAAGUUUUUUUUUUAAGGUUUUUUUUUAAUCCACCUGUGCUUGUCCUCUCUUUAAAAAAAAGAAGAUAUGCAUUUAGAUUUAUCUAAAUAACAGUGCUAAAGUUUUAUAUUCUUUAUAGUUUAUUAAGCAAAUUUGGAAUACCCAUUUAGUGAUCUCAAAACCCCAAUGGCCAGUGUCUAAUGUCUGAAAACAUUCAAAAAUAUCCAAUCUUUGUAGUUCUAGUGCAUUGCAGAUGAGUGGCAGUAAGUAAUAUUUUGAGAUUCUUAUGGGGAAUUAUAACUAAUAGGAAGCCUAUAUUUUUAGAUUAUCUGUAUAUUUAUUUCAAUGAGUUGAUCAUGUUUGAAAAUUCCAUACUGCACAGAUGGUGACAUCAUCCAUGCAAUUAUUCCCCGUAAGGAACAAGGAAUAACAUACAGAUCACCUCUGUGUUUUCUAGGGGAACUAAUUUUGGGGAGAACUAGGAUAUACAUAUCCCAGUCUGCCCAAAAUUAAUAGAAAUUACAUUCCAUAGUUGAAACAACAGUAGUUGCCCAGCACUGUGACUCCAACUAAGAUCAGGCAGUACUGGGUCAUGCAUUUUUACAGUAAAGUCUUUAACCCUGGUACUACCUUAAAACACUACACUGAACAUUUACCUCUAAACAUUCAGUCUUGUAGUUUAUUAUGAGGUUUGAAGAACUAUAUACACACACAGACACCACCAAUGUUUGCAAUGUUUGAAAAUUCAUAUAUUGUGUUCGGUAACAACUUUGCAUAUUAUCUUAGAAUACUAUCAGAGAAGGAGGUUGUGUAGAUACCAACACAGAAAUUAAUUAAGCUAACAGAAGAAGAAACAACAAAAUAAUCGAAGCAGACCGGACUGGGGUGCAAAUCAGAAGUUGUUCAUGUUCUUCGAAGCAUAAGCUUCAGAGAGAAAGACUGUGACUCAAGAAGAGAGAGCUUCAAGUAAGGACAUCUUACUUCUCCAACUCACCAUGCAUCGAACGUGUCAACUGAGGGUGGGGGCAGUUUUUUAAAAAGAUGCAGACACCCUAUAAGUGACAGCGAUGCUGUAAAAAACAGUAAACAUGAUUACAAACUUGUUUCUGUUAACAAAACACAAAAAGCCCAUCCCCAUAACGCACCUCCAGUUAUACACCUAAAACAAAUGUCCCCCACUUUUUGCAUAUGAAAUGUUAAUGAAUUUUCUAUGUUCUGCUAAGGAUGUAAACAGCAAAGCACCAGAAAGUGGUUAAUAUUAAAAGAUAGAAACAUGCCAAUGCUCCAAUACUCUCAUAAACUGAAAGUACAAUAGUGCAGAUUAGGCUCUUUCUGCAAAUGUGGCACUUAGUACCCGUAUAACUCUGCACCUGUAAUACUAUGGGACAUAAUGAUUUGUGAACCCAAACUGGACUCUGCAGCACUAAUACUGACAUUUAUUUGAAGAAAUGCUCAUUGCACAAAUUGAAGUUUAUAGUGUAGAGUACCCUGUUUACUUCACACUUUGCCACAAGGGGGUAGCUGUGAAAGGUGACAGGGGCAAUCGCCUCCUCGGUCACUAGCAUACAGGAGUUUUGGGUUACAGCCUCACUGCAUUAUUCAAAGGUGCAUUGGGAUUUUGGAGUGCAGGGUGCUGCAUGUGUGAGACAGUUGCAAGGAAUUUUGCCGCCCUAGGCAAAAGAAAAGUUUGCCGCCCUCCCACCCAUGUGACAUCACAAUGCCCCAUCCAUAUGAUCUACCAUAUGAACUAACGCCAGUGCUGCACACAGUGUGUGUUUACAUUAAAAAGCCUGCAGGGACAGGCUAUAGAAACCAGAACCACUUCAUUAAGCUGCAGUGGUUCUGGGGACUACAGUGUCCCUUUAAUGUGAGGUAAAUUAGAGCUUAAUGUCACUAAUAAUAUACUAGAUUGCCUACUUACAACCAGAUGAGGAUGAUGAUGGGCGCUGGCUGCAGUCUGGCUAAACUGGUGUAGAACAGGCUCUCUGGUGACUGUUUGUAACUGUGGUCACAAAAAUCAAUGUUCUGGGAGAAUGGGAAGCAGCUCCAUUUUUUGGGGCCCUUUACACAGCUCAAGGUCUGGGCCCCAGGGCCUGACGGUGAGUAUGCCCAUAAGGGACACCCAUAAGUCUACCUACAUGUUCUAUCCAUGACUUCUCUCACAGGGGGUGGAGUGUGUAGGGGAUGAGUUAUUGUAAAGGAUCUAAAGCGUGUGCUUAUGGAAUGUAGUGUAUAGGUAUACCAGUUUGUGUAGGUGAUGCAGUUUGUGUGUGUAGUGGAUGCAGUGUGUAAGGGAUAGAAAGCAGUGUGUGUUUGUGUGUAAGGGAUGUAUUGUGUGUUUCUGGAUGUGUGUAAGGGAUGCAUUGUGAGAAUCUGUGUUUGUAUGUGUAAAGGAUGCAAGGCGUGUUUCUGUGUAUGUAAGGGAUGCAGUGUGUGUGUCUGUAAGGGGUGCAUUGAGUGUGUGUAAGAGAUGCAUUGUGUUUCAGUGUGUGUAAGGGAUGCAUUGUGUGUUUUUGUGUAUGUGUGCAAGGGGUGCAUUGUCUUUGUGUGUAAGGGUUGCAUUGUGUGUGUGUAAUGGAUGCAUUGUGUGUUUCUGUGUGUAAAGGAUGCAUAGUGUGUGGUCUGUGUAUGUAGAGGGAUGCAUUGUGUGUGUGUAGUGUGAAACAGUGGCGUACCUACCACGGUCGCAGUUGUGACUGGGCCCCUCACUAGAAGCCGCCCCCUUCGUGUUCCCCCUGUCAUAGGGGGGCCCCAGAGGUGGCCCACUGGCCACCUAAUGGAACCCCCGGUGGGCGGUUGAGUUCCUGUCAGAUGUGGCGAGGGAGCUGUGUUCUCUCUGCUCUGCUCCCUCACGCACUGUUUACUGAUACCGGGAGCCGGAAUAUGACGUCAUAUUCCAGCUCCCGGCAUCAGUAGACAGCCCACGAGGGAGCAGAGCAGAGAGAACACAGCUCCAUCGCCGCAUCUGACAGAAACUCUGCCGCUCGCCGCACUGAAGCCCCACUGGACACCAGGGACAGAUCCACACCAGCUCUCCAGGUAGGGAGGCUGGGUGGACAUUUAAUAUUAAUAAUUUGUGUGUGUGUGUGUGAAUUUGAAUGUGUCUGUAAGUGUGUGUGUGUGUGUCUGAAUGUGUAUGUGUCUGUAAGUGUGUGUGUCUGUAAGUGUAUAUGUUUGUCUGUGAGUGUAUGUGUCUGUAAGUGUAUGUGUGUCUGUGAGUGUGUGUGUGUAAGCAGUGGUGUAUCCUGGUUUUGUGCUGACCUAGGCAUGACAAAACUCAGACGCCCCCUUCCGCCCGCCCGCCCCCCUGCUUAACCCUGGCCCCGCCUUCAAAAUACACACACAUUCACUAACAGACACACAUACACUCUCACUAACAGAUACACACAAACUAACAGACACACACAUAGUAACACACUCCCUAACAGACAUACACACACACACUAACAGACACACACUCAUUCACUCACUCACAGACACACACACACUCACUCACUCACUAACAGACACACACACACUCACUAACAGACACACACUCCCUAACAGACACACACACUAACAGACACACACUGACUCACUCACAGACACACACAUACUCACUCACAGACAUACACACACUCACUCACUAACAGACACACACACACUUUAACACACUCACUUUUUUUUUUGUAGAAUUCAAUCCCCCCAUCCUCCAUACCUUUGGGAAUGCUGGGGUGGAUUAACACUUUCCCCGGGGUCCAGUGGGGGUUGCUGGGCGGCCGUUCAGUGCUGUCAGCGAGGGAGCACUUUCCCCUGAGCUCUCUGCUCAGCUCCCUCGCACCGCGUAGUGAUGUCGGAGCCGGAAUGACGCUGAACAGGAGGAUUAGUGCUCCCUCGCCGUCUGCCUGGAAACUGCCGCCGCUGCCAGCUUGGGGGGCCCUAAGGUCACCCAGGACAAGAGGCUAGCAAGGCAUUUGCCAGGGCAAUUGGGAGCGGCUUUUUUGCUGCCCCCCAGAAAGUGCCGCCCAAGGCAAAUUCCUUGUUUGCCUCGGGGUAAAUACACCCCUGUCUGUAAGUGUGUGUGUGUGUAUGUGUUUGUCUGUGAGUGUGUGUGUCUGUAAGUGUAUGUGUAAAUGUACCUCAUCUCAGGAUCCUAUUUGGCCUUGUACUGCAAAGAACUCGAGAGGAUUUUCCCGAGUGAGUAGCUCAUUUAGCAGACAUUAGGCAGUUAGAGUAGGACCUGCCGUAUAUGGGGUACAUUGACGUUGUGGCAGGCUUAUGCAAUGUAUGAUCAUAUAAUGUAACUAAAUCCCCAUUGUUUUUUGCCAAGAUUAGGAGUUUUUAAUAAAACUUACAAAAUCUGUCAGCACAAAAGUAGCUGUUUAGUAGAUAGGGAGUGCGCUGGUUUCUCAUUUUUUACUGUAAGUGUAUGUGUGUCUGUGAAUGUGUGUGUCUGUAAGUUUAUGUGUGUCUGUGAGUGUGUGUGUCUUUGAGUGUAUGUGAGUGUACGAGUGUAUAUGUCUGAGUGUGUGUAUAUGAGUGUAUGUGUGUGUCUCUACAUGUGUCUGUAUGUAUGGGUCUCUGUCAUUGGCGGGUCCGGGGGGAGGGAGGGGGGCAACGGGGCAAUUGGAUCCGCCACUGGUCUCUGUGUUUGUGUAUGUAUGUGUCUGCAUGUGGGGGGGGCAGGGACGUGUGGGGUAAGAGGUAGAUGUAUGGGGGGGCCCUAGGGCAAUUUUUGCACUGUUGCCCCGUGGUUUCUACUUACGCCUCUGGUGUGACAGAGUUUGUGGGGUAGGAUAGGGGCUGAGUCCUACCAGCCCCUUUGUGCUUCUCUUUCCCUCCUUCCUCAGCUUCUCUCUCCUCUUGUUCCUUAGAGCUCUCCCCUCCUGUCCCUUAGUGCUCUCCCCUGCCCCACUGUCCCUUAGUGAUCUCACCUGUCCCUUAGUGAUCUCCCUGCCCCUUUCCCUUAUUGCUCUCCCCUGCCCCACUGUCCCUUAGAGCUCUCCCCUCCCAACCCUUAAAGCUAUCCCCUGUUCGUUUUUGAUCUCUUCACCCCUGUUCCAUAUUGGUCUCGCCUCUAACCCUGCCCCCCCCAAGUGAUCUCCCUGACUCCUUUUCUGUAGUGCUCUCCCCUCCUGUCUCUUUGAGUUCUCCCCUCCUGUCUCUUAGAGCUCCCUUCUACCCUCCGUCCCUUAGAGCUCUCCCCUGCCCCCUGUCCUUUAGUGCUCUCCCUUCCGUCCCUUAGAGCUCUCGACUGCCCCUUAGUGUCUCUCCUCACCUGUCCCUUAGUGGUUUCUCCUCUCCCCCUCCCCCUUAGUGGUCUCUACCCCCCUCCCUUAGUGGUCUCUCCUCUCCCCCUCUUUCCAUUAAUGGUCUCUCCUCCCCCUCCCCCCCUAGUGGUCUCUCCUCACCCCUUCUCCCCUAGUGGUCUCUCCUCUCCCCCCACCCCCUAGUGUUCUCUACUCCACCCCCCUACCUCCAUUAGUGAUUUCUCCUUACCACCACCCCUAUGCCCCAUAGUGGUAUCAUCUUCAACGCCUUCCUUCCAUAGUGGUCUCUCCUCACCCACCCCUACAUAGUGGUCUCUUUUAUUCAUCAUGCAAGCUAAUACAUAGCUAAAAAAAAUAUAUAUAUAUAUAACAAUGAAGAUUUAUAAUGCAUAUGAUAAACAUAAUUUACAAAAGUCAAGGGUAAUUUAAUCUGUAACAUAAAAAUUUGCUAUUUCAAACUGACACAUUAGUGCAAGUAGAGAUUUAAAUAUGGCUAAUAUGAACAAUUGGCAUGUACAUUAAAGGGACACUAUAGUCACCAGAACAACUACAGCUUAAUAAAGUUGUUUUGGUAUCUAUUGCCUGUCCCUGCAGUCAUUUUAAUGUAAACACUGCCUUUUAAGAGAAACCUGGCUGUGACUUUGAAGUCAACAUUUGAAAAGGAAUAAACUAAAUUAAAACCAACAUGUAAUAUUUCCUUUGAUCAGGGUGAUAGCCUUUCAGACAUACGCUUUAAAAAAAUAUGCAUACUUCAUGGCUGCAUUGUGUAUAAUGAAAACCGAAUAUUGUAUUUUAUAUUCCAUUGAUAAUGUGACUGAACCCUGGAUUGUGAAUAGCUUUUCUAAAUUAUUUGGACAUUAUAGUCACCGGACCAGCUACAGCUUAAUGUAGUUGUUCUGGUGUGUAUGGCAUGUGUCUGCAGGCUUUUUAAUGUAAACACUGCCUUUCAGAGAAAAGGCCAUAUUUACAUUGCUGCCUAUUAACACCAACUAGUGGCAGCCACUUACAUGUGUAGCGUUUUGUUGCGCAUGCCCAAUAGUCUUUUAUUGCUUUCCUAUUUUGAUGAUCUCAGCCAAGCAAGCAGAUCGGUUCAGUCGCGGCAAUCUGCGCAGCGCUGGAUAUAAGAUGAGUUUUCUUUUUUUUUUUCUAUGAGGGGUAAGGGGUUGGAUACCUAAAAUGUAUUUUUAACAUUAUAAUGUCAGAAAUACAAGUUUGUAUUCCUGAUACUAUAGUGUUCCUUUAACAAUGAAUGUAGUAACUCUGUCAUAUGGUUCUGCACUUCAGAAUGCUUUUCUGCAUCUUUGCCAAUAUAUAUAAUGUAAUGAGACAAUAAAUAUGACACCAUUGUUUUAUAUAGUUAAUAAAUACAGAGGAUGAGGACCAUGUGUUUGUCAAAAACAAUAAAUGUUCUAAUAAAUAUUCAUCCACCUUGUAGGAUCAACAGAUCCUGUUGUCAAUUUGCUGCAGCUUGCUGAUUUUUCACCCAUUGUAGCUAAACCAAGGAUGAUGCUGAUACAAAGAAAAAUCAGAAAUUUAAAGAAAAAAAAUAUUACCUGGUUAUAAAAAUAACAAAUGCCCAUUUUUAGAUUCCCAGAUUGUAAGCAGGGCCUCCUUCACCUAUGUCAAUAUUAUUUUGUAUGUUAAUGACUUAACAUACAAAUAACCCUACUCUAAAACUGUAGAGUAUUAAUAAAUAAAUAAUAAUCAGCAUUAGCCACAUUACGACUGUGGCCACAAUUGCUACACAUAAGCCUGAAGUCUGCAAUAAAGUUUUCAUUUCAUCACAAUUCACUAUUUAGUGAAUCAACCCUUACAUGUUCUUACACAUCCAAACAGUCUUAUCACUGCACACUGACAUAUAUUAAGUAAGCUAUCAUUACAAAAAACACUCAACCAGUGUAUCAAAGAAACAUAAAAUAAGUGGCAACACUGGAUAUGAUCAAACCCUAUACUCUUACUAAGCACACAAGAUCCCAUACUCUCUGUUCCCCUGAGUUUCUCUGACCACUAAGCAAUCUGAGAUUAAUAGGAGAGGGGGUAGACGGGUGGGUGCAGGGGGGAAUUAGUGAAGUAGAAACAGAGAGACAAAGAAAGAAGGAAAAACAUGUAAAGAAAGAAAAUCCUUGGGGGUUUGAACAAUAUAACAGUCUUGGGUGACCAAGAAAUGAAUGCAAAUUUUGUGUAAACCUCUCCAAAGGAAUUCGUGGGAAUGGAAAAGGGAACAUUGUGAACUGAAGUAAAGCAGGUCACCUGUUUGAAAUAAAGUGCUUUAUUGAAAAGGACGCUAGCGAGCCACUGUGUGUGAGGGAAGUAAAGACCUGACAACAACUGCAUGUGUAAAGAGUCCAGGCACGCAUUCUCCAUGUAUCUGUGUUUCUCAUUUGACAUAUUUUGUUUGGGAAUGUAUACAUGGUACAAGAAAAAUAAAAAUAAAAAGGUAUUAUACAUAGAACAAAAAGGAAAAAAAACAUGACAUGACAUAUACAUUUUUACAACUGAGGCUAUUUUGGGGUUUAUUCACUAAACACCAACCUGUUGUGAUUUUAAAACCAAAUUGCAACUUUUAGUCUAGAAUAGCUAUUUGAUUUUUACAGAUCAGCUAUUUUUGUGGUGGUUUUGCAAGUCAAUUUUCAAUUAACUGCAAUUGUUGUUUAGUGUAUAAACCUCUAUAAAAUAUAUGUGUUUAUAAACGUCAAUCAGUUUCCUAAUGUUUUGUUUGUUUCUACAUUGGGAGCAGAGAAAUAUGUCUUGAGACUGUACAUUUGUUAGGGCAGCAUGCUCCUACUUUUAUCAAUCCACUGUUAUACCUCCAUUUAUAAUGACUGUAUAAUUCACCUACUGUACCACCACUCUACAUUAAUCUUGAUUAAAAACUGUUCACACAAUAUAUUGAAAUUUCGUUUAAAGAGACGCUAUAGGCACCCAAACCACUUCAUCUCAUUGAAGUGGUCUGAGUGCAGUGUCUCUGUUCCCUUAAACCUGCAAUGUAAAACACUGCAGUUUCAGAGCAUUCUGGCUUUUAACUCUGUGAAACGACGUUGACAUCCUCACUCUUUGCAUGAGGACGUCCAGUGUCUUUAAAAUCCCCAUAGGAAAGCACUGAUUCAAUGCUUUCCUAUAUGGAAGGUCUAAUGCAUGCGGUACUCACUGCUCAUGUACAUUAGGUUCCCACAUUAAUGUGACAUCGCGGGAGGAGGAGAUCAAGCCAGUACUCAGGGACCCUGGCGUAAGAAAGAGGUUAGCAAUUUUUUUUAAACCCUAUAAUCACUAGGUCGGCGGACAGUGGAGGCAGAGGAGAACUAUGGCAAUACAAUUUUAUAUAAGGUUCCUUUAAACUUUAACACAUUCUAAACACUGAUAAAAGACAACUGAUCAAAUUAGCUUUUUCCCCAUUGGUUAUUCUGAGUGAUGAAUGUGAAACAUCUUCUCUGUGGUAUUAUUCUGUGCUUAGGCAAGAAUAUCUGGAUUAGAUCCUGCAGUCAAAUAAAUUCAUAGAUGCCCAUUUAUUACUUUAUCUCAGACCUGAAAGCUUAAAAGUGGCAAAGCUCCUUACAGCCUCAUCUGCCAGAUGUUGAGGAAAACAUUAAAAGAUUAUGGGGUUUCCAGUGAAUGACUUGGGAAAUAGUUUUUUUUUCCCCCUUCUUUUUAUUCAAAUAAACUUUUUUGCCUUGAUUUUGCAGUUCAAUUCAAUUUUCAUUUCACUACAAAGUCGGUGCUCAUUGAACUAAACCCCAAACCCAGGAUAUUAGGAGCAACCAUAUUACCAAGGAUGGGUGUUUGCAGAGAAGUAAUAAAUAAUCGCAGUGAUCGGUGUGCUUUAAAGUGAAACUAAAAUCACCAUGACAAUCUAUUUUGCUUUGAAAAAUGAUGGUACAUAAUAGUGCAAAUAGAAACUAUAUUUACAUGAGACUGGGUAGAUAAAGAGCUGUCUUGUCAGUUUAUGAGUCUGGACAAUACAGAAAUAACGUGACGGACCGCCUGGCACCCCGACCGGGUACCUCCGACAAUCAAUGCUUCUAGUGCUCAUCGAGGACUCCAAGCACUCCACCAGAUACCAUCAGCACUGUAGAUUCCCCCAAACCGCUGCAGCUUGGUUUGGGAUCUCGCCGUCCUCCACCCACCCUGGACAGAAGACCAGGAUCCAGCUUCCAGUGCGUGAACCUCUCCUACUCCAGAGAGUAUAGCAGGAACAGCUCUUAUAAGAGCUAGUGAUUAGAACCCAGGGUAGUAUAAUGAGUAUAGCAAUCCCCAGAGUGAAUAUAACUGUCCCCUCCACACAUGAGACGAGGCUCUAUGUUGACGUUGAAGAGGUACUGAUUUUAAUGGCACACUUGGCCUUUUAUGACAAUCCCUAUGCAAGGGGCACUCCCACAUAGACCUUGUGGGGCAUCUGUUACAAAGUCACAGACCAAUAAGAACAGUGUUACAAUGCAUGACACUCCCAUAUACAAAACAAUAAGCCUUCCUCUUUACUUAGGAGAUAAUUGAGUCAAGCACUAUACUAAACUCAAUUAUCUCCAAACACAAAAACCUCACAUUUUUACAAACCCCCAAAAUACCUUAAAACACAUAAAAUCACCACAAACGUUACAUCACCUGAUAACCCUGAUCUGGGAGACCAACAUAUCCAAAAAUCACCCAGAUCAGUUCAGGGGUUCAGGAAUUUCCUGGAAGUCAUAGUUUUUACCGACCGCACACUUGCCCAAAACGAUUCCAUAGAAUCGCGGCUAAGUGCCGCUGGCGACCGACCGGGAACUGCAAAGUUCUUCAUGCCAAAAAUAGUUCCAUAGAAUCGGACAAACCGGGAACUGCGAAGCCUUCAUGCCGAAAAAUGUUUCAGGGCAUUCGCGGCUAAGUCCCCCUGAAGUCUAUUUGCGGUUUUGGUCCAUGCGAUCGGCCGCCAGGGAGCUAGCAUUCGGUUCUAUGGAAAGUGCCGAACCAGGGGAACCAGUGGGAAUAAAAUAUGGGUCUUAACAGUCAUUGACUUGGCCUGUAGUCUUUUGGCAAGAGGUUGGCCAGCAGGCCCCUCCAAGCACCCGUGAUGAGGUUCGGUUCGUCACAACUACCAAUCCUACAAAUACUGUCUCAUGAUGAUGGAUUGACAGAUACCUUUAAAGUACCUACUGGUUAGUAUUUCUGGAAGGUGACAUAGUUCUCACGGGAUUACAGAAGCUCUAAAAAAACAGAAGGAACAUCUUAGCCCAUAGUGGUAAUUAUGGUAAGGGAGUAUUCAUAUAUUUAACUAGUGCCUGGACGUGAGCAAGCUCUGAUGGAUAAGCAUUGGGAGAGGGAGUUCCGCCACAAAGUACAGACGGGACCAAACCCAAAGCCGAUUAUACCUGUCUGUGGGGCUAGCAUCCUUCAGCAGGCAGUGAAUACCUAUGUCAUAGUGUCUCUGUCACUUUUGAGCUUUUCAUAAAGAUAUAAUCUUUAUUUGACAUUCCCUUCAUAAUUAAUGGCGUACAAUGGCGAGUGACAGUUGAGCCCUUGAGAGGGAAAAAUUUCCCCCCUUGGGAAUGGACACUUGAGGCUUAUCUUUGAUAAUCUCUGUUAAAAGGCAGAGUUUAUUUACAUUGCUAUUUCCCAACGACGGUCCGCUUAAGGUGAGUAUAUUUUCCUAUCUGCUCCCCCUUGCCAUAUCCACAUAGUUGACAUGUCACCUUGCUGGAUCUUUGCAAAAAUUGAAAAGACGCUACAGGUGACAGUGCUGCUUUUUUGUUAAAUAAAGCAAUGGCUGAGCCCCGUCCCCUUGUAUAAGUGCUGAGAGUUUAUAUCUUGCCUGGGGUAAAGGGGCUAGUGGUUUUGAUGAAGUUGGGAAGGCAUGUUGGGUAAUCAUGUUUUGAUGAACAGCUUGAUUACUUUACUUUAAGAGCACUGCAGGAUGAAAAAAAAAAGAAAACAAUCAACACAGAAAGGACCCUGCAGAUGCUUCCCCUUAAAGAAGGCAAGAGUGAUGAUUCCUAUAGUAGUAGUAGAGCAAUUAGAACCAAAGCCACAAAAGGAAGAGUGAAGAUGCAAGCAUUGGGAAAGAAACUCUGGUUGGACAUGCUGUAGCCAGGCCAGGCCUCUCUUAUACAGGUAGGAAUUGUGCGUACUACUGCUUGUUCUCAUCAAUGCACCAUCUCCAAGUUAAUAUUAACCCUUCUAUUAGAUGGAAUUUCUGCAAUUCAGACAUUUCAGUUGAACUUUAUGUUAUUUGUUAGUAGUAGAGCUUUGCUGGAAAUCAAGAGCAGAAAGAGGUGCUCACUUAUAGAAUUACAAUGUUACUAAACUGUACUAAACAAUAUAUGAGGAUGUAUUCAUCUUGGUCUGUGUCCAUAACCUGGGUCUGCAUCCAUGUUUCAGACCUAUCGAGGAUGCCUAUUAUAUGCACUAUUUAUUGUGUCUUGUCCUUGUCUGGUUUAUAUCCUGAUGAUGAGGACUUGGAUGAUCUCUGAAUUCUGAUAUUUGGAACACCACAUAAAGCACAGGAAAAAUAGUUUUAUCAAAGGUGAACAUUUUCCAUGUGUCUAGACUACUUCAUGUAUGUCUAGGUCAGAGUUACUGUGUUUGCCUGUGCACUGCCUCUGUCUGCUGACAUAAUCAGAAGUGGUGGUCUGAGCCAAUCACAGUGCUUCCCCAUAGGAUUGGCUGAGACUGUCAAGGAGGCAGAUCAGGGGCAGAGACAGCACAAGUCAAACACAGCCCUGGCCAAUCAGCAUCUCCUCAUAGAGAUAAAAGGAAUAAAUGCAUCUCUAUGAGGAAAGUUCAGUGUCUGCAUUCAGAGGGUGUAAACACUGAAUGGCAGUGCUGCUUACUCUUCAACACUGCACCAGGAAGCACCUCUAGCCAGGGCCGGUGCAACCGUUAGGCGAACUAGGCAUUCACCUAGGGCGCGGGUCUGCUGGGGGCACCCACCGGGAUAUUUCCUAGUGGGCUGCCUGCCCCUGUCUGGGGCCGCAGCGCUGGGUGAGUGGCUCUUAAGCCGCCCCUAGCGCUGGGCCAAUCCUCAAGACGCCCUGUCACAGGGCGGCCAGGAGGUGGCCACAUGGCCACCCCUAAAGCUGUGCGUUAGGUAAGGCAGAGCAGGCACCUGCUUACCUUGAUGGCAGGUGCCCGCUCUGCCAAAAAUGCCAGUGACCAGGAGGAGAGGGGGGCGGAGAAGGCAGGCGGCGAGGGAGGCUGUUCUUGCAGCCUCUAACUCCUCCCUUGCGCUCCCUCUGUGAUUCUGGAAGCUGGAAUAUGAUGUCAUACUACUAAACGGCACGCUGGAGUGAGGAGCUGCCCCACACUGGACCCCAGGAAGGUAGGGAGGCUGGAUGUUUGAGUCUGUGUAUAAGUGAGUGUGUGAGUGUUUGACUGUCAGUAUGUAUGUGUGUGUGUGUGUCUGUCAGUGAGGGAGUGUAUGUAUGGCAGUGGAUGGCAGAGAGUGAGAGGGGUUGCUGGACUGGCAGAGGGUGAUGGGGGUGGCUUGGCUGGCAGAGGAUGAUAGGACUGACGGAGGGUGGAUGGCAGGGGGUGAUAGGGGUGGCUGGGCUGGCACAGGCUGUUUCUCACCUGACUCUCUGGCCACCUCUCACAGAGAGGCAGUGAGUGAGUGUAUGUAUGUCAGUGAGUGUCUGCCUGUGUAUGUGUCUGUCAGUGAGUGAGUGUCUGUCUAUCAGUGAGUGUCUGCCUGUGAGUGAGUGUAUGUCUGUCAGUCAGUGAGUGUCUGCCUGUGUGUGUGCCUGUCUGUGAGUGUAUGUGUGUCAGUGAGUGAGUGUAUGUAUGUCAGUAAGUGUGUGUCUGUGUGUCAGUGAGUGAGUGUAUGUCUGUCAGUGAGUGUGUGUGUCUGUCAGCGAGUGAGUGACAUGAGGGGCCGGCAAAAUGGAUCUUUGCCUAGGGUGGCAGAAAUUCUUGCACCGGCCCUGCCUCUAGCAGCCAUCUAAGGGGUGGCCAGUUGAGUUAUUACACGUCAGUAAUGUAAACAAUGCAUUUUCUCUGAAAAGACAGUAUUCACAGCAAAAAGCGUAAAGGGAAUGAUUAUAUUUACCAGAACAAAUGUAUUAAGCUGUAGUUGUUCUGGUGACUAUGGUGUCCCUUUAAAGGCGAUUUUACUUACCUUUUCUCCAUUACCUUUCGCGCUGGUCUCGUUGCGGCUGGCCCAAUCGCCUCACCAAUCAGCAUCUUAUCAUGGAGAUCCAUUGAAUCAAUGCCUCUCAAUGGAGAAUGCUCAGCGCCUCCAUGGAUAUUCAGGACGUGUAUCCUGUAAGUUUUAAAAAAUAUGACCACCUUCUGCAGAUGAAUCUUACCGAAUAGCAACAUAAUUGUAAAUGAUUUACUAAAAUAUACAGCAAAAGUUUGUCCCCGCCCAUUUCUCUACCCAUGUGUGCUGGCAAUCAACAUGAUAAAAUUAUAUGUGCCCAAAAAACUGGGACAUGACACCCUUAGCUAUAACUGCUGUCAUUGUUUGUCAGAUUUGCCUGCCUGAGAGUGACAGGAGUUACGCUCCAUUGCAUCUUUAUCAGUGAAUCUAUAUAUGUAUUAAAAUAUCGGAUAUCUUAGAUCCUUUUAGUAAUACUGAAUAUAUUUCUCAUCAAGAUUCAGGCGACACUUUCCACCGAUAAUAUUUGUUAUUACCACAUGUUACCACUAGUCGUCGUCCACUGCCUCCGAAUAGCUGCAAGUCUGGCUCGUUUGCCAGUACUCAAGAUGGCGACGGAUUCAACCGGAAGUAGGGGAACAAGAAGCAAAGGACCGAAUGCAACAGCGCUUAGCCUUGGCCAAUGAGAGAGAGGGACUGGGGAAACAAACAGGGAAGGAAUAGAAUGUCGGACAGACUUGCUAGAUGGAUACAGGGAAUCUGAGCAGUAGCAGGAUUUCAGUGGCGAUAUUUGGAUACAUUGAUUUGUAACCAGGAGCAGCACACAGGGAGGUGUCUUGUUGUGCUACGCUGACUGCCCCCUGUAGUGGCAGCUUGGAGGCUGAGCAGCACAAUGUCAGAUACAUGGAGCUCCAUCCAGGCUCACAAGAAGCAGCUGGACUACCUGCGAGAGAGGCUGCAGCGCAGGAGGAAGGAUGCCACCUCUCAGCUUGGCCUGGGUAAUGGCACACACACUGCACAUGCUGCUCCCACUAACCUGGAAAAAACAACAACAAAACACACACACACACACACACACACACACAGAGACACAGUCCCUCACUCUCUCUCACACACAGUCCCUCACACUCUCUCUCUCCCACACACAGUCCCUCACACACUCUCUCUCACACACAGUCCCUCACACUCUCUCUCUCACACACAGUCCCUCACACUCUCUCUCUCACACACAGUCCCUCACACUCUCUCUCUCACACACAGUCCCUCACACUCUCUCUCUCCCACACACAGUCCCUCACACUCUCUCUCUCCCACACACAGUCCCUCACUCUCUCUCUCUCACACACAGUCCCUCACUCUCUCUCACACACACACAGUCCAUCACUCUCUCUCACACACACACAGUCCAUCACUCUCUCUCACACACACACAGUCCCUCACUCUCUCUCACACACAGUCCCUCACUCUCUCUCUCUCACACACAGUCCCUCACUCUCUCUCUCACACACACUCCCUCUCUCUCUCUCACACACAGUCCCUCUCUCUCACACACAGUCCCCCUCUCUCUCUCUCACACACACAGUCCCCCUCUCUCUCUCUCUCACACACACAGUCCCCUCUCUCUCUCUCUCUCACACACAGUCCCUCUCUCUCUCUCUCUCUCACACACAGUCCCCCUCUCAUCUCUCUCACACACCAGCCCCUCUCUCUCUCUCACACACAGUCCCUCUCUCCUCUCUCUCUCUCACACACAGUCCCACUCUCUCUCUCUACACCCCCUCCUCUCUCUCUCUCUCCCUUCACACACACAGUCCCCCUCACUCUCUCUCUCUCACACACACAGUCCCCCUCACUCUCUCUCUCUCACACACACAGUCCCCCUCACUCUCUCUCUCUCACACACACAGUCCCCCUCACUCUCUCUCUCUCACACACACAGUCCCUCUCUCUCUCUCUCUCUCUCUCUCUCACACACACACAGUCCCUCUCUCACUCUCUCUCAUUACUGGGGGCAGCAGUGGGAUUAUGUCAAGUGGAUUAUGAGGGUGUUGGGAUGGAAAAAUCUGUUUUAUGUUGUUUUUUUGUUAGAAAGUUGGUGGUUUUGUGUCUGAGCAUCUUGACAAAUUUAUACUCCAUCAACUCUUCACCGUGCAAUAGAAAUGUUAAUUUAGAAAUUGUGCAUACCACCCAGUAUAAUGAAAUCGGAAAGACCCAUGGCUAGUGGUUGAGAACCACUGAUGCAGUGCACAGGUAGCAGUGACAUCUUCUCGAAAAGAAGUCUGUCUGGUGUAAACAUGACCCUGGUUGCAUUCAGAAAUACUCUUGCAUUGGCAUCUUUACUCUGCUUCCUCCAUGUGAGCUUUGACCAAUGUUUUCAGGUGUCUCCAUGCAGUGAGACAAGGGUUCCAAGUUAGGACUAUCCUGCUAGAGUGCUUGAGAGGUAUACAGGUAUGGCAUUUGGUAUAUUGUACAAUGCUGUUUGUUAGGGCAGUUAUUCCUCUGUAAUUAUGCAUUAGUACUAACAAUGCUGUGAGUUUCACUUACCAUCACUCUGUCACACUUUGGCUGGCGAUGAUUAGAGUUGCUUAUAGUUUAGCAGCAUCUCUGAUAUUCAAAGGUCAGAGGUAGGGAUAAAGUUGUUUAUUAUUUUGCUCUAGAGAUACUCAGCUGUAUCUCAGCUUUUUUUUUUUUUUUUUAAUUCUCCAUCAUAUUUCUUAAACCAUGAAAUAAAAGGAAGGGUAGUCAUAACUAGCCUAGAGUGCCUUUUUAUGCAAAUAUAACAUUGUUUGUAAAGUGUUGUGUAAAGAAGUCAAUGAGAAGUAGUAGGUAGAGUACACUAGAUACAAGUUCUUACAGGAAAUGUAGUGACAACUAGUUUGUGGUAAAAUAUUCCAGAAAAAAACAAUAUGACUACUCCUAGAAAAUAGAAUCAAUGGACGACUGGUUGUUUGCAUCUUCACAAGAUUGUAAAUACUCAGCAAAAUAACAACUCUUCAAGAGUAAUUGUAGCUAAGUGUAAUUUGAUUGUAUUGUACAGUAAAUUCUUUCGUGCACAGAUCUUCAGAAUCCAGAAGGCGGUUUGACUCCAACCUUUCGCAGUGAUAGCCCUGUUCCAUCUGCCCCUUCUCAAACCCCAAAGGGACCCAGUGGGUCUACAGAGGUUACCCCAGAUCCAGAGUUAGAAAAAAAACUCCUUCAUCAUCUAUCAGACCUGUCACUUGUGCUACCUGCAGAUUCUGUGUCCAUCCAGCUUGCUAUUACUACUGUAAGUGCUGUAAAAUGAAACCUGUUCUAUAAGAUCAACACUGCAUCUACUUAGACAUUGUUCUUCCUGCAUUUAUAUUUUUACUAAGAAGCUAUAUAUAUAUAUUAGCAAAUACAGGACAUUGAGUUUUAUGUAUGCAUGAGUAAGCAAACACUGGACAUUGGGUCGUGUGUGGGGGGGAGGUUAAUUAUUUUUAACUUUUUUUUUUUUUUUUUACAAAAUUAAAGUAAUGUGAAGUAAUUGGAUCGAUUUAUAUUUUAUUUCAAAGUAUUUCACAAAUAUUAAUGGACAAACAACUGGAAUAAAAAAUAGAAAAACAAGGUGUGGGGGUGAACUAUGCAAGAUGUUUUUAGUUAGAUUGCAAUUUCUAUGUUUAUUAGUGGAACUACAUAAUUGAUAGAGUAUCAUGGAAGCUAUAGUCUGUCAACAGCUGAAUUGCAAUUCAUUUUCCUUCUUUAUUGGAUGUCGCCUUAAGUUUUUUCUGUGCCAAAUGUUAUACCAAUGCAUUUUUGUAUUUAUUUUUGUAGCCUGACUUUCCAGUUACAAGACAGGGAGUUGAGAGUCUUUUGCAAAAGUUUGCUGCUCAAGAGCUAAUCGAAGUGAAAGGUUGGGGUCAGGAGGAUGAUGAUCGACCUACUGUGGUGACUUUUGCUGACCACUCCAAAUUAUCAGCAAUGAUGGGGGCUGUUACCGAAAGAAAGCCAUCUACAAAUCCACCAGGAACUAAGAAAAGAAAAAUUCAAGAAACAGAGCCUUCAACCUCAUCAUCUGUUUCCUCUAUUGCUAGUACAUUAGGGGAAAAAAAAACAUCAGAGCCUCUGAAAAAAGCAAGAAAACAUGCUUCCAACUUGGACCUGGAGAUUGAAAGCUUGCUCAGUCAGCAAUCUACAAAGGAACAGCAAACCAAAAAGGUGGGCAACUGAAUAUGGAAGGAUAUACAUUCAGCUAAUCUAGAGCUUCAUGCCAAUAGUGAAAGGACCUUGAGUGGUGGGGUACUUGAACAUAUAUUGGUAUGUGAUCCUUGAUCAGUAAUUGUGACAAGUUGUGGGGUUUCAGUUCUAGACUUAAAGGAGGACUCUUAAGUUUAAGUGGUUAGGUUACUUAGAGUAUCAUGACAAUAUCCCUACCAAGUUAAUGGAAUGCUUCUUCUUGAAAUCUAUUUUACAAUUGUAAAAUUAUUUUAGUUGAUGCUUUUAAAUAUACUAUUUUAUUUUUCCAGGUAAGCCAAGAAAUCUUAGAGCUUCUGAACACCAGCACAGCCAAGGAGCAGUCUAUUGUGGAGAAGUUUCGGUCCAGAGGAAGAGCUCAAGUGCAAGAGUUUUGUGACUAUGGAACCAAAGAGGAAUGUAUGAGGGGGGCAGGAGCUGAUACUCCAUGUCGAAGGCUGCACUUCAGGUCAGGGCUUGACAAAUUUAAUCUAUCAUCCUAAACGCAUCUUAUAGCCACAGAACAUAUGUUGCUGUCUUAAAGGACCACUCCACACUUCCAAAAAAAAAAACAGUUUAGUAGAUAUACCCUCAAUGAAUACAUACAUAGAAAUAUGCAUGCAUGUAUUAAUUUGGGGUAUAUUUCUAUGUAUGUAUUCAUUGGGAGUAUAGUCUAAAAGAGCUUACACAAGCUGCAAUGCUUAUCACUGUAACCUUUGUAAGCCCUCUCCUUUUUCCCCAGAAGAGACUUUUUAUUCUCUUCACAGGGAAAUAACCAAUCAGAGGCUUCUCAUUGAGAACACUUGCUCGCACACCUGGAGCCAAGGAGCUGGUCUGGGGUUUGUGAGGGAUGGGGAGGCAGACAAGCUCAAAUAGAGCGUGCAUGCCACUUCUGUUAGCUCUGGAGAGCUAACAGAAGUAGGAAGGAAUCCUUCCCGACUGUUUGACAGCCAGGGGUAGUUCCAUAGUAAAUUUAUAAAAGUGCUGUUUUUUAAAAAUAGAAAUCAGCACUUUUAUAAACUGGGGUUAAAGUAGGGGACUCUUCACCCAUAAAGCACUUGACCAAGAUGAAGUGCUUUAAUCUGCUGUACAGACAUCUAGCACCAUAUUUAUUGCCUCAAUAUUGCACUUGUGUGACACACACAUAACAUCCAUGUCACAUUUAUCAACCUACACUGCAAAAUAAAUAUACACUUUAUAUUAACUAACAAAUGUAUGUUCAAAGAGCACUACUUUGUGCAAUUGAUGUUCAUGAAUUUUGCAUCAAGGCCUUCUCCUGUACUAUCCAGUAACUAUAAAGGAGGAGCAUGGAUUAGAGCAAAGGAGAGUGGUUUAUUCGGUUGCUGGUCUUCCUUGUGAUAUAUACAUUCAUCACUAAAUCAUGUCUUAAUGUGUUGCUUGCUUUUUAUAUGUAUUGUGUGGAUAGCAAUGCCACAACAAUGUGAUGCAGAUGGAGAUUCCAAUUUUUGAAUAAGAGGUGCAAGUUGUAUUAGGAGGAAAGACUGCAGGAAAUAUUAUACUGAAGUGUAGUAGGUAUGUUUUAAAGAGAAAUGUGGCAAAUAAUUUUUUAAGGGAUUAUUGCUCUAUCUAAUGUUUUGAGGAAGAGUAUAUUUGUAUAUAUUAUAUAAGAGUAUAUUUGUCCUUGGGUCCUUCAUUUCUUAUUUGGACAGAGUUUGAUUUAGAAAGACUGAUUUGCUGUAUAAGUCUGCGGAAGGUCUUCCAUAAUGUCCCUGUCUAACCCAACAGGCGCAUUAUUAACAAGCACACGGAUGAGUCGCUGGGUGACUGCUCUUUCCUUAACACCUGUUUCCACAUGGACACUUGUAAAUAUGUGCACUAUGAGAUUGAUGCCUGGGUUGAGCCAGGUGGAACUACAGGAAGUUUUAACUCCACUCCAAGUCAAGACAUGCCAGUUGUAAAGGGGGUAGGAGAUUCCAGUGUUGGUCGUCUCUUUCCAGCACAGGUAAGAAAUUUAUUUACAAAUUCAAUCAGUCUUAAACAUGGACAGAAUUCGGAAACUAGCUAAAGUGAAAUGUUAACCAAUGCUCAACAUAACAUUAUACCAUCAUAUUUCUCUACAGAGAAACUGUUGGUAGCAGUGUAUUUUUGGUUUGCAAUUUAUUUUUUUUUAUUUUUUUUUCUCCAAAGAUGCAAUAAGCUGUGCAAGUGUAGUUACUCGCUUGAACAUAUUCUCUAGUUUUACAAUAUGUAUUUUAGUUCAGAGUUUUUCAGCCUUGUCAUCAAGACAUACAAACAGUCCAGGUUUUGUCAGCAUCCCUUUUAGGACAGAAUUGGAAAAUGCCGAAAUCCUGAACUGUUGGAUGUAUUGUGGACUAGUUUGGGAAGUACUGCUUUAGAGGUUAGUAAUUUAAAACACCCAGGGUCUUUGUUGCCUUAUAUUAAAAUAAGAUGGAGUUCUUGUUAAUUGUCAUUUGUAAACUUAUUUUGUGUGCAUACCAGUAGUUACAGUACUUUUGCAGCACUUCCUGAUUAUCUUUGCACCAGUAGGGUGAUAUUAGAAAGCAGUGCAACUUUUUAUACUUUAAAACCUGGCUGCUGUUACUAGAAGUUCAUGGUUUUUGAAGCAUCAAUCUUCUAAAAUUAAAAUACAGAAAAAUUAUUUCCAGACAGUAAAUUGUUGCUUCUUUUUUGCCAUGUGACUUCUGGACAUCCUUGGGCAUUAGUGGAUUCGCUGUGACAUCCGUUACUUGGAUAUGAGUAUCUUGGGCAAGUUCUCAGUGGUGAUGGCUGACCCCCCAUGGGAUAUCCACAUGGAGUUACCAUAUGGGACCCUGACUGAUGAUGAGAUGAGGAAGCUGCAGAUUCCAGUACUACAGGAUGAUGGGUUCCUUUUUCUCUGGGUCACUGGCAGGUAAUAGAAAAUGGUAGCUCUCCUAUAUUGAUGAAAAAUCAUAAACUGUAUACAGUGAAAAUAUACAGGUACUCCAAAAGCUUUUUUUUUUUUUUUUUUUUUCUCCUCCGCUGUCACCAAAUGUUUUCAGGUUCUCUACAUAGAAACCUAUUUUGAAAAUCAAAUUAUUAUAUUCUUAUAUUUUCAGGGCCAUGGAGUUAGGCCGGGAGUGUUUGAAGCUAUGGGGGUGAGUAUUUAUACAUUUUUAUCAAUUAAUCUUUCUUUUAUUUUCUCAGGGAUAUGUGCUCCACUCCCUGUACUUUCUUUACUGUGACAUCCUAUUUUGUGUGUUUUGAAUUAUAUUGGCUUGGUGAGACGGAGUGCCACAAGCUUCCAAAAGAGUCUAUUCAUUCAUACAUUUCAUUGUACCAUAACAUCUGCUACAUUUUAUUCUACACAGGUAUGAGAGAGUUGAUGAAAUCAUUUGGGUGAAAACCAACCAAUUACAGCGAAUUAUCCGAACAGGCCGUACAGGUCAUUGGCUUAACCAUGGAAAAGAGCAUUGUCUGGUAAAUAGUAUAGUUUUGGGGGUUUUUUUUCUCUCCAACUACCAAGUCACAUGAAAAACUUGCCACCCAACCAUUUAUCUUGUGUUACUUCAUAAUCAGAGUAGUGUGGCAUAAGGCUCCUAAUUACAAACUAUCUUGCAUCUGUUAUCAGGCUAUUUUAGGUUUACAUUUUUUACUUUUUCUUUUAUGUUGGCAGGUUGGUGUUAAAGGAAACCCACAAGGAUUCAACAGGGGCUUGGACUGUGAUGUAAUUGUAGCAGAGGUAUGCAAGCAAGACUCAUUCUUAUUCGAUGAUAUUUUAAAGGAUAAUCUGACUGAAAAAAAAAUUUACUUUAAAAAAAAAAAAGAAACACAGAAUAAUAUAAUAAAACUUCAAAAGCCCUUUUUAAAAAUGUGUUAAUAGAUGACUCCCUUAUUUGGUAUCCUUAUGUGGGCUUGCCAAGUUUAAGGAUACCAAUUUAGGGACUUAUCUACUAAACACAUACACCAGUAUAUACAUGUGCACACAUAACCACAGAUCUAUACACACACAAUCACCUAUGCGUACAAUCACAAAUAUACACAGUCACAUACACACACACACACACAAUCACAGACCUACAUACAAUCACAGACUUGCACACACGCAUACAGUCUCAUUCAUUCAUACACACACACACAUAAUCAGACCCACACACAUACAAUCACAGACCUGUAAACACAAUCACAUACACACACACACACACACACACACACAAUACCAGACCGAUACAUGCACAUACAUAUACACACACAUAAUCACAAACGGAUACCUAUACACACAAUCACAUACAUACACAAACAAUCACAGACACACACCUAUACACAUAUUCACCGACUCACAAAAUUACAUUUAGUAUUUAAGAGGUCCACCCAGCCUCCCUACCUUGCUCUGAGAGGGCUGAAAUGGAUCCUCUGUCCUUGAUGUCUAGCAGUUGCUGCUGGGCUGGGAUCUCUGUGCUUUUCCUGCCCAGGUCCCUCGCGCACCCAGCAGUGAUGCCGAUGCCGGAAUGAUAUCUUAUCCCGGGGCACGAGGGAGCUGUCCAGGAAGAGCACUGAAUGUAAAGGGCUCCCUGCCUUCCUCAAUGCCCAACAGUGCAGACGGCAAGCAGUCCCAGGCCGCGGGUUGGACACCCCUGUUUUAGAUCACCAGUGUCAGGUUACAGUCUGUACAAAAUUAAAGGACCACUGUAGUGCCAGGAAAACAAACCUGUUUUCCUGGUACUAUGUUGUCUUUAGGGCCUCCCUCCCGCUGGGGUGAAGGGGUUCAAACCCCAUCAGCCACUUGCCUUUCUCCAGCGCCGGGCUUCCUCACCGCUGGUGACCUCUCCUGACGAUGUCAGUGCCAAAUGCGCAUGCGCGGCAAGAGCCGCACGCAUUCAAACCACCCAUAGGAAAGCAUUCCUCAAUGCUUUCCUAUGGACGUCAGCAUCUCACAGUGAGAAUCGCGGAAGUACCUCUAGCGGCUGUCAGUGAGAGAGCCACUAGAGGCUGGAUUAACCCUCAGUGUAAACAUAGCAGUUUAAUAGGGGUUGUUCGGUUCCUGAACGGUAUAGGGAAAUUACACGAACCAAGCCAUUUAAAAAGUAUUUUACAGAUUUCCCUUCAGGGACCAUAGUCUGUGGGCAGGAGGCUGGCAAGCAGGCUCCUCCAGGAGCUCAUGGCAAACUCAUGUGGGAAGGGUUUGUCACAUUGUCCAUUCACACUUACUUUCUCCAAAUACUAUAAAUAAAACAUACAGGCCUUUUAGGAAACUGUUUUUGGGCUACAAGCUGCGGUGAAAUGUCUUCCCAUCCUUUGGAGAUUGCUUGUCUAUCCCUGCUGUAGUGUACUGUGUCUAAUCUGGAGGAAAAAGAUCAAAUUUGAAUUACGGUAAAUGUGUAGAGGCUGUGCACAUAUUUUGCUCCUUAUUUAAUAAAUAUAAUUUUGCAGUUAAUUGGUUUGUGUAUUUUCUGGGGUUAUCAGGACAUGAUGGGGUUUUAUACCUUAAGGAGAGGAGGAGUAUUAGGAGGGGUUUAACUUUUAAAUGUAUAGGUGACUGCCUGUCUAGACAGUGGAUAUCCAUGUGUCUGUGCACUGCCUCUAAUCUUCCAUGGAAAGCCACCCUGUAAGCUGUCAAGAAGUGUAGCUUAAUUUUUCUUUUCAACUAAUAAAGCCACUCAGUUGCUGUAAAGGCUGUGUUAUCGAAAGGUAUAAAAGCACUUGUAAGACAUAUAUAUGCAAUAUGUACACACUCCAUACACAACCAUUACUGCUAGGUAAUGGCUGCAGGAGAGAGCUUACAGCUGUAGUGAUGUCUGCACAUCUCCACAAUUCUAAAUAACAAAUAAAAGAGUCGGGAAGCUCCUUGCACAGUAAUGCAUGUAAGAAACAAAAGCACUGUAGCUGAAGUUGCAUUGAAUUUUUUCAAAGACCCCCCCAAGGUGACGUGUUUGCUUGAGUGACAGUGCUUAAAAAGAUAUACAUACCUUAAGUUCCCUCAGACAUACUCCUUCAGCACAAGGCAACUUAUUCUCCCGAAAACUGUCAUCACUAUUAUUUUUUUGCCCAUGUGCGAGAGUCCAAUUGGGGAUUUAUGUUAGAGCCAUAGAUUAUACUGUGCUUGUGCAGUAAGAUGCCAUAUGCAUCUAUUGUGAAAAGAUCUUUUUCAUAAAUAUUCUAUUAGUGAUAGACCCAAUGUAAAGGGUACCUUUCAUGGACCGUGCCAUCUACCCUGCUGAGAGCUGAAGUUGAGUAUGGCAAAAAGAUUAACAUGAGACAUAUAAGACUAGCUAAAAACAUAAAUAUUAUUUCGACACUCUGGAGGGAAUUAAGUGGGAUUGGCUAACAUUAAAAUAUGCAUGAUAGGUGCACUUUAAGUAGCUCUGUAGUUGGAGGAUGGAAGUGAUAUGUGGAUAAUAUUUACUUUAUCAUUAAUUUUUUCACUGUAGCAUGUUAACGUAUUUAGUUUUUUCUAGGUCCGUUCUACAAGUCACAAACCUGAUGAGAUCUAUGGCAUGAUUGAACGCCUUUCUCCUGGAACCCGCAAGAUUGAGUUAUUUGGGCGCCCUCACAAUGUACAGCCAAACUGGUGGGUGAUGUUUGAUCUCUCUAUUUUCAUACUUUAAAAGCAACGGAAGACUUUAAACACCAGUGAAUGUGGUAGAAUAAAUUUCUACAGCUUUAGCAAAUUUUACUAUGUCAAGGAUUGCCCAAGGUUAUCACCAGCUGUUGCAGUUUUACAUUGCUUAUUAUGCUUUGCUAUCCUUACAGCUGGUAAAGCAACGUGAAUGUUAUAGAUCUGCAACAGCUGACAAUCUACCAUUUAACCAACCUUGUACUAUACAUCUAUAGCUAAUUCAGCUGUUAUUAUCCAGGAGAUUUUUUUAAAUUAUUAUUACUGGCACUAAUUGUGGUGAAUUGAUAUACAAUUAAUGGUACAUUUUCAAGCUGGACAAAAGAUGUCAAUAAGGGUUCUUCUGUUCUGGGACUGCUUCUAUUUAACAUAUGUACAAAUGAUCUUGAUAAAAGCAUUGAAAGUCAUGUGUUUGCAGAUGACCUAAACUCUGUAAAGUAAUACAAUGUGAGCAAGAUAUUUCUUUUUAUAUUUCUUUUUUUUUAUGUAAGGAUGUGGAAUUAUUUGCCUAAAGAAGUUGGUUUAUCAGAGACUGUACAGAUGUUUAGACAGCAACUAGAUGAAUAUUUGCAAGAACAUCUUUUAAGGAUAUUUUUUUUUUAUUUUAUUUUUUUUUUCAAUUGUAGGGUUAUUUAUACCUUAUUGAUACAAGGAUAAAUCUGACUGCCAUUCUUGGGUCAGCAAGGAAUUUUUUUUUCUCGUUUGUUGCAAAAUUGGAAGUGCUAUAAACUGGGUUUUGUGCCUUCUUUUGGAUCAACAGCAAUAAACAGAUGUAAGGAAGGUUGAACUUGAUGGACACAGGUUUCUUUUCAGCCUAUUUAAAGGGAUUCUCCAGUGCCAGGAAAACAUAUUUGUUUUUCUGGCACUGCAGGACCCUCCAGUGCCCCUCUACCUUCCAUCCCAAGUUGCUGAAGGGGUUAAAACACCUUCAGUGACUUACCGGAUUCCAGCGCCGCUGUCUCGGGACCUAAUGCGCAUGCAAUGCUUUCCUAUGGGGAUUUUGACGACGCUGGAGCUCCUCACAUAGCGUGAGGAUGUCCAGCGUCGUUUUAAAACAGUUUUUGUGUUUUAUGAACACGGAAGUCUCCUCUAGUGGCUGUCUAAUAGACAGCCACUAGAGGAGGACUUAACCCUGCAAUGUAAAUAUUGCAGUUUAUGAAAAGUGCAAUACUUACAUUUGCAGGGUUAAGGGUAGUGGGAGUUGGCACCCAGACCACUCCAAUGGGCAGAAGUGGUCUGGGUGCCUUGAGUAUCCCUUUAACUAUAGUUAAAAAAAACUGAGGUUUUAAUACUUUUCAGCUUUAUUCAAUGGAUUUCAAAGGAACACUAUAGUCACCUGAAGCAGUUUUAGUGUAUAGGUUUCACUGCUCAAUACACUGCCAUUUAGGAGUUGAAUCACUUUGUUUCUGUUUAUGCAGCCCUUGGCACACCUCCUCUUAAUCUGAUUGACACGGGCUGCAUGGAAAAAAACUGGUUUCACUUUCAAUCAGAUGUAAUGUACCUUUAAUGUUCAAUUUACAGAGAAGAGAUACAAUUGUUUAAUCACAUACAGGAGGCUCUUGCAGGGUCUAGCAAGCUAUUAACAUAGCAGGGGAUAAGAAAAUCUAAAUUAAACAGAACUUGCAAUAAAGGAAGGAUAAACUUUAGAUGACUCUUUACAGGAAGUGUUAAGGAAGGCUGUGCAAGUCACAUGCAGGGAGGUGUGACUAGGGUUCAUAAACAAAGGGAUUUCACUCCUAAAUGGCAGAUAAUUAAGCAGUGAGACUGCAGGGACAUGUUCUAUACACCAAAACUGCUUCAUUAACCCCUUAAGGACACAUGACGUGUGACAUGUCAUGAUUCCCCUUUUAUUCCAGAAGUUUGGUCCUUAAGGGGUUAAAGGACCACUAUAGGCACCCAGACCACUUCAGCUCAAUGAAGUGGUCUGGGUGCCAGGUUCAUCUAGGGUUAACCCUGCAGCUGUAAACAAAGCCGUUUCAUAGAAAUGGCUAUGUUUUAUACUAGGGUUAAUCCAGCCUCUAGUUUUGCUGUCUCACUGACAGCAGCUAGAGACGCUUCCGUGCCUCUCACUGUGAAAAUCACAGUGAGAAGACACUGACAUCUAUAGGAAAGAAUUGAGAAAUGCUUUCCUAUGGACUGAUUGCAUGCGCGCGCAUUCAGAGCUGAUGUCGGAAGAGGGAGAGUUCCCCAGUGCCGAGGGAGCCCGGUGCUGGAGAAGCUCCCCUUGAGUCCAGCGGCAGUGGGAUCCUGAGGGUGGGGGGGGUAUACUAAAGACCCUAUAGUGCCAGGAAAAAGAGAUUGUUUUCCUUGCACUAUAGUGGUCCUUUUAAGCUAAAGUUGUUUUGGUGACUAGGGUCCCUUUAAAGCAGCACUGUCAUGGCCGAAAACCCUUUUUUUUUUUUAAACCCCCCUCCCGACUCCACUACAUCUAACUAACCACCUAGUCAGCCCCAAAUGCCCCUAAGCUCCCCAUGUUCCCUAUUUUUUUUAAUCUUUAUUUUCUGCCCCAACCUAUAUUCAGGGCGCCGCCAUCUUUGUGUGGGUAGAUGAAGUCCCUGUGGGACACGUCAUCUGCCCACACUAGAUAGCGCUGUGAAAUUCCCGCACAUGCCCGGUUAAACACUUGAAUGAAUAGAAAUGUCAGACGAACAAACAAACACCGAAUAUCAGUGUUCGUUUAUUCGUUCAGUUUAUUACAAAGAGGGAGCUCCCUCCUUGUAAAAUGUAAAGAAAUAAAUGGCAGGGAGCAGUGCUAAGCCCCCAGGUCCCCUCUCACUCAAUGAGGGUCAGUAUUAAAAUUUCCCGAAUGUCCCUACUCGCUAUACCGGUGGGUGGGGCCCCUGAGUGGUGAGUUCCGUCUAUAGGUCAGGGGUGGGGGCCGGAGGACAAUAGGUUCCCCUUAUUGUUAUUCAUGGCACCAACCCACAUGCUCAGGGGUGGGGGUGAGAGGACAAUAGCCCCCCCCUUAUUGUUAUUCAUAGCCCCCAUCCACCGCUCAGGGGUGGGGGCCGAGGGGAGAACAAUAAGGGCGAUAUAGUGAGUAGGGGCAGCAUUUACUAAUACUAAGUAAUCUUUACUUAGUAUUAGUAAAUGUGGCUGAAAGCCCAAUUUAGGUCUUUCAGUAUUUUGGUAGAUAGCUCCCUAAUUCCCACGGUAUUAGGGAGCUAUCUACUAAGCGGCUGCAAGAUGCAGCCACGGCAGGAAUAGAAUCGGAGUUCCAUUCAUUAGAAUUAAAUUCCGAUCCGAAUAAAGUCCCGAAUUGCAUCCUAACAUGAAUGCAGAAACUGUUCUCAUUCUGUUAGGACGCAAUUCGGCAGUUUUGCCAGUGUUCUGUCUAAAUGACAGGACGUUCGGCAAUACAGGGAGGAAAGCUAAGAAUUGUGGGAAAAUUUCUGACCACCGGAAAUGAAGCAAACGUUGCUCCUCUGCUGGUUAGGUGUAGGAAACCUCCAUAAGACAAAUAGUUCCUACUUUGUUCUAUGUUUUAAUGAAAACUAGAGCAGAUAUGAAGAACAGAUCCUGAGAGAGGGAGAGAAGAGGAAUCGAUUUAAAGAAAGGUAAGUUCGGCAUGACAGUGCCACUUUUAAGCAAUGAAGAAAAUAACACAAUAGUAAGCUAGUAGGGAAACCUUAAUAGACCAUUGUAAUAUUAUAUCAUAGAGGGAGCCUGGAAGCAAUGAAAAUAAUGUAUUUGGUGCCAGUUAAGUUGAAAUUUUUGCAAGAAUGGGUGUGCUAUUGAUAUGUAUAAGAGGCAGUGUGUGGAACCAUUUUUCAUAACAAGCUCUGGAAGCCCAGCUCAAACACGUUAUUCCAACAAGAUGCAGGCUUUCACAUUUAGUGGUACCAGCUAUAAUAUUCACUAUGCAGGUGGUGAGCACUAGAGUAAAGUUUGGAUGAAACACUGCUCAGAACGCAGCUUUAGCUUGACUUCUCUUUUGACUACAUACUAAGUUAGUGUCGGGGUACUCAUGGUACCAUAACAAUUGAAGCAGGCUGCUGGGCGUAUUCCUUUAAUUCUCUUGUCAAUUCUCCAAAUCUAUUUUAAAGGACAAAUGUCACCUCUAAACUAAUACUAAUCCUUCCAGCAAGUUAUAAAAGGAAAAAAAAAUUCACAGGAACCUUCUGCUGAAUGCACCACCCCCUUGGGGUCAGACAGUAUUUGAAAACCAACAGUUAGUCUCUGUGGUCUUCUGUGCACAAAGUGAAGAUCAUAGAGACUGUCUGAAACAAUCCUCUUCUCUUCUCUAUUUAGGAUCACUCUAGGAAAUCAGCUGGAUGGAAUUCACUUGUUGGAUCCAGAUGUGGUGGCUCGAUUCAAGCAGCAAUAUCCGGAUGGAGUAAUUGCAAAACCAAAGAACAUGUGA